UGGGACAGGAAGUGCAGAGCACGUUGCAGAGGAGGCAGGAGCAGCAUGGCGGCCACCGGUAAAAGGUAGGGGCAGAUAGUGCAGGGGGGAGUAAGGGGAUGAGAGGAAUGGGUGUGGGUUACAGAUUAUAUAAGGGGAAUCCCAUGAUGCUUAGCCAGCAUUAUGAAUCCAAAGAGCAUUAUGGGGGAUGUAGUCCACAACAUCUGGAGUGCCAAAGGUUGCCUACCCCUGCUGUAGUGAAUUGAAAACUCAAUCUCAAAAUUCAGGCUGUGACUAGCUAAGUCUGACACCAUUUCCCAAAAAUCAGACAUUUUUCCCCUAGAUCCAGGGAUAGGCAGCCUUCUGCACUUACAGCCAUAAUGUUGGCAAAGCAUCAUGGGAGGUGUAGUCUGCAACAUCUGGAGUGCUGAAUGUUGCCUACCCCGGACAGAGAUUUUUGUUUUUCGGAAAUUUUGAGUUCACUAGAACUGGAGUUCUGAAUGGAAGUGAAAUGAAAAACUGAAUUACAAAAUUUGGGCUAAAAAGGCAGAUAAGGAAAAAUUCAACAAUUCAGAGAGAGUCGCCGCUUGGAUAUUUUUACAUUAAUUUUGCCAGUUCACUUUCAGUUCAGUGCAAUAUGUUGUUUAAUGGUCAUUAGUGAAUAAACCCUUACGGGGUUAUUAAUUAAAGGAUCACUAUAGAGUCAGGAAAACAAAGCGGGUUUCCUGUCACUAUAGUGCCCUGAGGUGUCCCCCUCCUGUGACGCUGAAGGGGUUAAAACCCCUUCAGCCACUUACCUUAAUCCAGCGCCGGGCUCCCUCGGCGCUGGUGACCUCUCUUCCACGUCUGACGUCACUGGAACAGUAUGCGCAUUCAAAGUGUCCAUAGGAAAGCAUUUCUCAAUGCUUUUCUGUGGACACUCUGCGCGAUGGAGGUGAAAUUCGCCUCCAGCGUCACAGAUCCGCCUCUAGUAGCUGUCCGGAAGACAGUCACUAGAAGCUGGAUUAACCCCAAAUGUAAACAUAGCAGUUUCUCCGAAACUGUUUACAUCUGAAGGGUUAAAACUGAGGGACCUGGCACCCAGACCACUUCAUUAAGCUGAAGUGGUCUGGGUGACUAUAGUGUCCCUUUUAAUUUCAGAUUUCUGCAGAUUAAGAGUAUCUUAUUUUAAUUUGUUUUAACUCUUGUCAUUCAGAUUUAAAGGAACACUUAGAAACAUUAAUAAUACAAUGCUCUAUUGCUAUUGUGUUCUCUUUAGUUAGAUUCAGGGCUCCCCCUAAAUCUAAAUAAAAAUGGGAAUAAAGGGUAGUGCUUAAUCUUUUCCUGGACCUAGAUCGAUCCCCUGAAGCUGUUUGAUCUGACAUCUGCGGAGUCAUGUCUGUGCUUUAAAACAUCCAAUUCAAUGUUCUUCGUAGAGAAAUUUUGGGCUGAGAAACGCAUGCGCAGACAACACUAAUACUCCAAUUAAAUGCGGGUUAGCUGUGUGAAGAUAGCCACUAACCCUGCCAUAAACAGCAUUUAACCCUGCAAUGCAAGCAUUACUGUUUCUAAUAAAUGGCAAUGCUUUACAAUGCAGGGUUACAUUUAAAGGAUCACUGCACCCAGACCACGCCAUUGAGAUGAAGUGGCCUGGGUGCCUAUAAUGAUCCUUUAAUUUGCUAAAAUGUUGCAUUUAAUGAAUAGUUUAGUGUCCGUUGUUGGGAAUUCAAAUUUGAAUUAAAGAAAUCUGUUCAAAAUAGCCUAACUGCAUAACUCUUACAUUUUUUUUUUCACUAAAAUGGGAAUUGUUGGGAACUCAUGGUGAAUUUAAUAUUUUAGGCCAAAAUGUCUCAACUAAACCUUUCAAUUCUAUCCUGCAAAUUUUAACCUUUCUAUAAUGGUCUAUGUACAUAUGUGCAUAUAUAUCAACAUUCAAUAGUGUAAAGACAUCACAGUAAAAUCAAUGCUCGUAAAGAAAAUUGGCAAAGUGUGUCUGAGGUUUUGCACGUUUUUUUUUUCCUUCAUAAAAUAAGAGUAGAACAAACUGUGAGCCUGACCUAUAGUAGAGUGUGGGUUACAGCUUUAUGCCUUUAUGUAACUACAGGUAUAUGGAUAGAAGUGUGUAAUUUUUUACAUACAGUUGUUUGUGAAAAACAAAGAUUCUUUACAUAAAAUAUCUGAAAACCUAGCUGACCCGCUGGAUGUUUCUUGUCAGUCGAGUACUCUGACAUCACGCACACUUACAAUGGGUGACUUUUUAUGGGUGUUAUUGCUAUGGUUUAUUAUUAUAUCAUUACUAUGUCAAAACAAGUCUUAGGAUUUUGCUUUACUACAACACACCAAGAUCUGCAUAACCAAAUGAAUCACACUUUAGUAAAUAACCCUUAUCAAACAAAAUGAACUUUUCAGUUUUACAAGUUAAUCUUUUUAUUUAGUGUUGGAGUGGGUAUUUGCUUGUUUUGAUUCAGGAUCCCCCAUCAAGUUUAAAAACAAACAAACAAACUUCUAAACCCAGUGGCAAGAGGUUCUAAUUGGCACAGCUCAGUUCUCCCACUGCGAGCUUAUUAAUAGUGGUGAUCGUCUGACCAAUCCUUGGGAACAGUUUGGAAGGCCAGACACAUGCGCAGCAGUCGUCGCGCUGCUCCAAAAUGCUUCUUGUAGGGAAACCGUAAAACCACUGCUUGUGUAUGAAAAGAUCUCACUUCCAUCUUGUGCUCGUCCAAGAGGCAAGUGAGAAUGAAUUUGAUUACAGUAGGCUGUAGUGGUUAUGGAGUUUGGAGUGUCCUGUUUUUAUUUUCUCUUUCUGUGGCAGAUGAUUAAAUGAACUCUCUAGUGUUAGGAAUUCCUAAAAUUAGAGUGUCGUACUAGUUGUUUCAACUAUUGUGUGCUCCUUUAUUCCUCUGGUAGUGGCAGUCUUGUUGCAGCAAUCUGGAGGCUAGUGCGCAUGUGUAACAGGGACUCAGUGUAUCCCCGCACAGCGUGGAGAUAAAAGUCAGGCCUGCAAUCUUUGCAGGACAUUACUCAGGAAGUCCCUCUUGUAGCUGCUCCAGUGACAUCCACUAGUGGUGGCUUUAGGCAGCAAUGUAAACACUGCCUUUUAUGAGAAAAGGCAACGUUUGCACUGCUGAGCCUGCAAGGGCAAGGUCUUUCCUCAGAACCACUACAUGAAGCAGUUCUUUUUCUGAUGCCUCGAGUGUCCCUUUGAUAUUUACUCUGAUUUCUUUUUCCUCUAGAAAACUUGCUGACCUUAAUGUAGAUGACUUUUUGACUUCUGGGUUUGACUCUGAAGGUGAUGGAGAAUCUGCAGAGGAAAUCAAUGGUGACAACUCAGAACUACAAAGAAAAACGUCAAAAGUGCAAAAGAAAAUGGCAGCAAAGACAAAAACUGGAGCAAAGUAAGGUCUUGUCCUCUAUGUCGAUAGGUUUUCAGAGGCUGCCAGCAUAGGUCGAGUUCCACAGCUUUCAUAUCAGUUAGGUGGUUGUAUCCAGCGAUAAUUCUGAUAGCAGUUGUCUGGCAGUGAAUUAUAUAGCUGUAACAUUCAGUACUUUGUAAAUAGUGCAAGAAGUGAGAGGAGUAAAUGGGGAGUCACAUAAUAAAAACCUCUAAAGAUAUCCAUGCCGCAUGGAGAAAUUGUUCCAAAUUCUACUUCUAAAUAAAGUAUUAUGUAAACCAGCACCCAUAAGGAGUGGAAAAUAGAGCUAAACUUCUGAAGGUAGAGUAUAUAUGUUCUUUGUUAUAUGAUUUCCCCCCUACUGUCUAUAGUGUAGGACCUAUAUGAUGGUUUGUUCCUGAAUUAGCCCUUUAAGGACCACAUCACUGUUUAUGCCAUCUCGCAGUGCAGGGGUUUAACUCCUGUUGAACUCAUAUACCGCUGGUACUGGGGAGCCACACUGUUAACUGGAACCAUAGCCCUUUAAAUCAAUACAAGUUACCAUGGCUCUCAGUCACAGUGAUCCUGAGCCUGCACCCAGAGAGAGAGACUUUCAUGAUGCAGUCAUACAGUACUGACAUCGGCAGAGGGAGUCACUCGGGUGGGAUUAGGAGUUGGAUUUGGGGGGUAUACAAGUUGGGGUAUCAUUGUUCUCUAGGACAGUAGCAAAAUAUAAUUAUGGGUUUGGCAUCAUAAAAAAAGGGUUCUUUACAGUAUUGGGAUGUAUAUGGUCGUAAUGAAAAUAAAACUUGAAAAAUACAAAAAUAUCAGAUCUAACCAUUAGAUUUGACCGAUGUUGUUGAUAAAAUAGUUUAGUGAUAAGUGUCAAAAUGCCCUUGGUUAAGUAGCAUGGGGGAUGUAUUUUCUAUAGUAUAUACUUUUGUGUAGUGGUUUUGGAUUUUGUGACCAAUACUAAAGCUCUAAUCUCAGUAUGUCAUUUUUGCAAAGGUUUAGCUUUAAAACCGUGAUCCUAUAUCUAUUUGUUACUUUUCCUAUCCUGGCACUAUAGUUUCCCUUAAAUGCAACCCCCCAAUUCCUUUAUUUUUUAUUUUUUUGUGUUAUGAAUAUAAAAUAUGGUAUCAAAAGAAACUAUAAUUUCCCCUUUAAAAAUGAUAUUAAAUGCAUGGCUAUGAUAGCAGGAGAACCCGAAAUCUGUUAAAAAGGAUAUAAGUAAACUGGUCCUUCAGUGAUGCUUUAGGAGUGGUUUAGCCCCUUAAGGACCAAACUUCUGGAAUAAAAGGGAAUCAUGACAUGUCACGCAUGUCAUGUGUCCUUAAGGGGUUAAAGAUGCUUUCUCAGUGUAUUUUGACUUCUGCUUUCAUGUGUUGUAUUUAUUUUUAUUGUUUUCAUAAAGGAAAGUUAAGAAAGUUAUAGGCAAAGCAUCAGAACACAAGGACCAGCUCUCCCGCCUAAAAAAGAAGGACCCAGAGUUCUACAAAUUCCUUGAAAAAAACGAUAACACACUGCUUAACUUUGAUGAUUCAGACAGCUCUGAUGAAGAGAGUGGUGUCCACCAGCUGCCUGAUCACCUGGAGGUAAUAGUGUCUAUAAAAUGACUGACAAGCUGAGCGUGAUCUCUGCGUCUUUCCUCAAUAUGUGUAUGUUAGUCCAGUUUCUUUCAACCAGUGCUCUGAUAAAUACACAUUUGCCAUUGAUGAAAGACCUUUUACACAUUUUGUCCCAUGCAGCCACAUGCCUACUCUGGUUUGCUGGCCUUGAUUUUUGUUGCUUGUUUUUAAACGAAGGACAGGAUUGCUUAGUUUAAGUUCAGAUUGGUACAGCAAGCACGUCGACUAGUGUGAUAGCCCAAUGCUGUCAAAGUCCUGGACGGCAGCUUUGUAUAUCUAUCACUAUCUCUGUUAUUCACUUUCUUACGUUACCAGAUUUCUACCCAUCUUCACUUCUUGCAGCCAUUUUUGGGUUCAAGGAGGAAGUGGUUAUAGACGAAAAACAUCACAUGCAUAAAUGUGGCAUUUAAAGCAAUAGUGUAAGCAUUAUAAGUACUUUGCAUCCUGAGCCAAUUCUCAUUACUGCGAGUGGAUCUAGCGGCUGUGAUUUGUUAAAAAUCAGACAGCCCAGAGUCCUAUGUAUACAGUGCUAAUUUAAUCUAUUUUAUGCUUGUGUGUACACACUGCAUACACAAUAGGGAAGGCUUUCUCUCCUCAACAGAGAGUCGAACCAUAGACUGUACAUGCACGGUCCAUAGUUCUAAAACACAGUACACAGUCUGGUUCACUAAACCAGGAACCAAGCUGUGUAUAAACCGAUCGCAGCUGUCGUCUGGUAAAUUAUUAUUAACUGUUCUUUGGGAAUACACUACUUAUAUCCUCUCCUCUACAGGGACUUACGGGAUAUUUUUCUUCCAGUAGACCAGACUGAGAUGCUCCUAACUGGAUUGGAGCAUGUCUUCCUGGUGUAGAAGGGGUGUGCCUGCAACUGCAGUCUGACCCAAUAAACUGUUCACAGAGGGACAUUUUACAGCCUUAGUUACACCUCCCUGCUUGUGACUUGCACAGCCUUCCUAUGCGCUUCCUGAAAUGGAACCUAGAUUUGUUUAGGUUCCUGUAUUGCAAAGUAUGUUUAAAGGGACACUAUAGUCACCAGAACAACUAUAGCUUAUUGCAGUUAUUCUGGUGAGUGUAGUCAAUCAAUGCAGGCUUUUUGCAACAGUGUUUACAUUACUGCCUACGGGCACCUUCAGUGGCCACUCCUCAGAUGGUUCUUCAUGGGACAUUGCACUGAUAUUCAAUGUCUUCCCCCCAUGGAACAUGGGGGGUGGCUGGGGGGGGUUACACUCACCUUAACAUGCUUAAAUGGGGUGCUGAACUUGAGCCACAGAACUUUCCUCAUAGAGAUGCAUUGAUUCAGUUCAUCUCUAUGAGGAGAGGCUGACUAGCCAGGGUGGCGUUUGACUGGGGAAGCAUGGUGAUUGGCUCAGAUCAUUACUGAUGAUGUCAGCCAAGCAAGCAGAUAAGGGGCAGAGCCAGCAGCAGACUAAAAUAAAGGUAAGAUUUUACUAUAUUUAGGGGGGGGGGAGGAGUCAAUGGUAGCUAGAGUGUUUUUAACACUAUAGGGUCAGGAGGACAUGUAAAGUAUAUAUAUAUUUUUUUUAUUGAAUAACUUCUGUUACAAUGUCUCCUGAAUUAACUUUUAUCCUCUUGAUGCGGUACUAUUAUGGGUACAAAAAGGUAUAUUUUUAGAUAUACACUUUGGAUUUUGUCCCUAUAGCUGGUACUUUGUUAGAAAAUUACUAAGAAACACUCCUUUGAAGCAAAUAUGAUAUAUACUUGUUGGUCAUUGUGAAGGUUAUUAGUGACAUUAAACGUGGUUGUAAAUAUUUUCUGUAAUAAAAGCAAAUGCUAGAAUAUUGCAGCCUACUAGUACUGAAAAAAGUGUGUGUCUUAACUGAUACAUGCCACUUUAUAGACUCCUGCAACUGUGGCUGUCCGCUUCGGUUAGAUAACAAACUUUCCUUAAUGAUAUUGCAGAGAGCGAAAUUAUUUUAUAAUGGAAUUUGUACAAAUGACAUGCAAUUUGUACAUGUCAAUCAAUGCAUGUCAUCCACUGGAAUAGCAAAAUGUGACUUGCAACUACUUGUGAAAAUCAGUGUGAAAGAUGAUUGCCCCAUGUAGGGAAUACAGUUAUUUAAAAUUUUUAUUUUCUAUUAAAGAGAGGAAAGGGGGACACUUAAAGUCACCAAAACACAUUUAGCUUGAUGAAGCAUUUUCUUUGUGUACAGAUCAUGCCUCUGAAGUUUCACUGCUCAAUUAUCUGCCAUUUACAAACACAUUUUAAUUAUGUGGAUUAAUACAGGAAAUGGGCGAUGACGAAGAUGACGAUGAUGCUGACGGUGAGGAGGGAAAAGAAGCCGCUCCAGUAAAAAAGAAGAAACUCGAUCAAAUCAUCGUCACCAUGAAGAUGGUGGAGCAUUGGAAGUCAGACUCCAAAGUGAGUUGAGUUUUAACUUUCAAAAAUGCUGAUACAUUUAUCACUCGCUAUGCGUCCGUAGUAUAUAUUAUCUCUUUGUAUAUAUUAUCAUUUCAUGUAUACAUAGUCAGCUUAUUGAUAAAAUCAGAUUUUACUGAAUACCUGUAUGUUGUUGGCAUAUUAGCUAAAAUUAUGGCGCUUCCUUAUCAUUUGUGUCCAGGUUAAUCUGAGGCCCAGGUUGUUCCAUGAGAUAGCUCAGGCUUUCAAAGCAGCAGUGGCGACUACUAGUGGUGAAGAAGGAGAUGACCCCAGUAAAUUCAAAGUGGCUGACAGCGCAGGUGAGAUGAAAUUCUUCUUACAAAGUUCACCUCCCAGCUCUAUGGCAAAGAGAAAAAUGUGUGCCAUAAAUCAAACUUAAACCAGUAUCUCGUGCACUAGUUGUUGAGGGGAUCGUUAAAACAUUUGUUUUAAAACACACCUAACAAGCCAUAUUAUUUCACAAAAUGUCGUUUGAUGAUACCUGACUUUGCAUGUUGGGAGAAUUUAAUCUAAUUUAUGAAAAUUAUUUCCUACUCUGCAUCAUUUAACCCCUUAAGGACCAAACUUCUGGAAUAAAAGGGAAUCAUGACAUGUCACACAUGGCAUGUGUCCUUAAGGGGUUAAAGUGAUUCUAUAGUGUAUGAAAUACAAGUUGUAUAUUCCUUACACUAUUGAGCACCCCCCCCCUCCCUCACGCAUCAGGUGUCCCUUUAACAUAGAUGUAAGAGUUUUUUUUCCUGAUGCAUUGGAGAGAAAAAAAUCCUAGUUAUUUGGUAGUAAGUAGACUAUUUAACCCCUUAAGGACACAUGACAUGUGUGACAUGUCAUGAUCCGCUUUUAUUCCAGAAGUUUGGUCCUUAGGGGGUUAAACUACUUGGAAUUGACGCGUGCCUAAACACUUAUUAUAAAAGAAUUGAUAAGACCUAAUAUUGGCCAUAAUUUGUACUUUAAUAUAUAGAAUUAUACUGUGUGUAUAUAUCUUAAAAUUUCAAGUCCUAUGUUACUAGCCAGGCCAUGUUACAUGCCACUGCCUGGUGGGUCCAUAGCACGUUCACCAGAGGUGAAUUUCUACUCGCUAGUGGCGAAAACAAAUUCUGGGCUCUGUCUGUCUCUUCAAGUGUAUUUAAACUGGAGAUACUUUUUAAUAUAUCUGGACACUGUCAUUUCCCUUCUACUUAGUCAAACGUUGUAGUCAAAUACUGUCAUAAUCACAAAUGAAAGUUAGAACAUUUGUUUUAGAACACACUGAAACAAAGCCUGAUGUUGAAGGACAAUGAAGAAUGUUUUACAAAAAAACGCUGAUUUCAAUAGAAAUUGGCACUUUUUAUAGAUUAACCUUGUUACACAACCUGGUUGUUCAAACUGGAAGGACUGGUGGGAAAACAGAUCAGUGUCUAAAACAGUUUGACUCCAGGCACCAUAACCACUACAGCUGGCUAUAAUGGUUAGAAUAAACUGGGCAUUUGCAAAACAAAUCUGUUAUUUGCUCUUUGAUGUAGUUGAACAUCAUAGGUAAUUGUCUUCUUUUUCUAGUGAAACUCGCCAAUGCUUUAAUACUGUAAUGUUAUCUGUAACCAUAUUUUAAUAGUGCGGUUUCUGCUUCUCAGUGUUCAAUGCCUUGAUUUCUUUUUGCAUCCGUGAUCUGUUCGUGCACCUUGAUAAGAAGCUUGCCUUUAAGUCUGCCAAGGCAUCAAAGUAAGUUUUGUGUGUGCUUGUGAAUAUUACUGUCACUGCCAUGCUUUGGUUCCACUUAGGAAGAGGGAAGCCAACGUGUCUGGAUUUUGCUGGUCUUCUGUUAGUAUAGCCCAACUCCUGCAGUCCCAUGACCUACUAGGUUAAUGCCGCUUGACCAGUGCUACUUUAUACUUUUGCAUAGAACUGCUGCUCACAGGCACAGUCAUCAUUUCAUUUUGUACUGGUACGUGUGUAUUGUUUUGUUUGUAACCCUCUAUUUGUACACCACAGCAGAAUGUUGACACUUUUAUAAGUUUGAAAUCAUAUUCAUUCUUUUUCUGGAAUAAAAUUAGGCACUAUCUGUGUGGAUGCCACAACUGUCACUGAGUAGUUAUUAAAGGACCACUAUAGUGCCAGGAAAACAAUCUUGUUUUCCUGGCUUUAUAGGGUCUUUGGGUCCCCCCCACCCUCUGGGUCCCACUCCCGCCGGGCUGAAGGGGGAGGAAGGGGCUAAUCACUUACCUUUCUCCAGCGCCGGGGACUCUCCUCCCUCUUCCAACGUCAUCCGCCGAAUGCGCAUGCUCGGCAAGAGCCGCACGCGCAUUCAAUCAGUCUAUAGGAAAGCAUUUCCUAUGGACGGCAGCGUCUUCUCACUGUAAAAAUCACAAUGAGACAGCCACUUGAGGCUGGAUUAACCCUAUUAUAAACAUAGCAGUUUCUCUGAAACUGCUACGUUUACAGCAGAAAGGGUUAAGCCUAUCUGGACCUGGCACCCAGACCACUUCAUUAAGCUGAGGUGGUCUGGGUGCCUAGAGUGGUCCUUUAAUUUUACCUGUACAUGUAUAAGUUGUAGAAUAUACUCACCUGAAGUUUCCUUCCCCCUCCUUCAUCAACAGUGUACUUCAUCUAGCACAAUGUCUAGCGGCAGUGUUACUGCAUGUGUUCAUGGUGCCGAUAUUUAUUCAUAGCAACAUAAUCCCUUCCACUGUAUUUGUGUAGAACACUUUUUUUACAUGUUGGGUAAAAUAAAUCAACACGGUAUAUUGAUUUCAUUUUAAUACCUGUGUAAUUAAAACCUUAUUACCCACCCAGUUUGUGUAAAAUCUACUUUAUUGAAUGCCUCUCAAACACUAUGUAGAUUUUCAGAUGGGUCCUUCUUGCUCUGGGUUUAUUUGUAUAAUAGAAUAAUACUUUGUCUUUUCAACAUUUCACACAUUGCACCCCUUUCUCUCACAGAAUACCUAAUCCUUCGAGCAGUGACCUUUGGAAGAAACUUCGGCUGGACAUUAAAAUGUACCUAAACUCUGCCACAAAGGUAAUCAAAGUGCUUCUAGAGUCACAUUAAUAAACUUUACCAACACGCAGUACAGGCUGUCUGACCAAUAUCACAUCCUUCCUCCACUUAGCCUUGACUGGAUGUUAUCAGAAUGUAAUUAAGGCUCACCCAUCGCUCCUUAAAGAAAUACGCCACACUAAAAUGAAUUAAAAAUAAAUACCAGUUUGGGCACUAUAACAACUUUAUCUAAUUUAAGUUGUUAUGGUGCCAAGAGGUCCCUGGCUCAAAGCAGCAGUUUCUCAAGCUUUUUUGUGAAUGGGGAGCCACUGAUUUUCCGUGAGCAUCAGCUGACUGCUCUCAGCCAAUCUGCAGCGCCCCUUCCCGCAGCAGCCAUAAUAUUCCAUUUUGAAGCUUUUUAGCAAAUGGAAAGACAGGGACCAAAGAGAUCCAGUGUUCAAAAACAGACUUUGGGGUUAAACUGUUUGUGAACGGUUUAACUCCUAAAGGUGAGCCAGUGCCAGGGACCUCCAGGCACCACAAGGACUACAUUUUUAUUAAGUUGUUAUGGUGCCAGCAGUGUUCCUUUAAUUGAUAAAAGUGUCAAUUUCCCAAAUACAUUGGCAAUUUUAAAAACCGCCAUUGAAUUGAUAGUCCACACAUAAAGGACUUCAGCCGGUUGAGGUGCUUUCAAUGUGUGUGGUGUGGUCCAUUAAAAACAAAUCUCCUCGUCUCCCAGCCCACGGUGUUCUAUAAUUGCAGCAACGUGUAACAGUCACAUCCAUAUCCCUGCUGUCUUGGAACUAUGACCCCAGAUGAGAGAAGUUACUUUUUCAAUCCAAGCACUUUCGCAGCAUGCAUGCCUGCCUGCGUACCCCAUAAAUACAUUUUCAAUUUCCCUUCUUAAUUCUUGACAAUUCACAGUUCAGUCAGUAACCCUGAUUUUGUCAGAAUGCCUCCUUUUAGUUAAGGGGAGGCGUGUCAUACGGUCAUUAAACUGCCAUAGUUAAGGAAAAGGCUUGUCGUAUCAGAGACUGACGGCAGAGGUGUUAAUUUGCAUGAAACUUUGACUUUAUCAGUCAAAUUAAAUGAAACCUAUAGAGUGAAAGUGAAUGAACAAGUCUUUUUUUUUUAUGUUCUGGAACCAAAAUAUUCUCAUCUUAAACAUGACUGAUUCUAGCUUGGUGAGACACUUCAGGGUGGAAUUGACACAUUCCUUUGAUUUAUUGUAUCGAUCUUGGGUUGGCAACCUUCACUACUCCCAGAUGAUGUGGACUACAUCUCCCUUGAUGCUUUGCCAGCAUUGUGGUAGAUGUAGUCCACAUCAUCUAGAGUGCCAAAGGUUGCUUACCCCUGGAUUAUAUAUUAAAAUAUGGAAAAAUAGCCAAUUAAUAACACAGUAGGAAGCAUUGAGAAUAAAGAUACAGAAUGCUGCAAAAUAUUAAAAGCUAGAGAAUAUAUGUUUUAUUGGUGCCUGAAGUAACUAAGUAUUGUAUGUAGAGAAAUAGGCCUCAAAUCUCUAUUUAACCAAUAUUUAUUUUAUUAUUUUUUUUGUCCAAUAGCUCCUGACCUGUCUAACAGAAUCCACAGUCGCAGCUGCCCUUCUCCAGCAUGUGAACACCAUUGUGCCUUACUACCUGUGCUUUCCCAAGCAUACGCGCUUACUGCUCAAGGUGACCAUAAAUAGGACAAUUUAUCCUAUAUGUAGGGGUAACACAGCUGUUAGGAAGGACAAACCAGGGGGCCACUGGAGAAAUUAAUUUCUGUGAUCUCUUAGGGUAUUGACGCUCAAAUAACAGCAUGUGCAAAUGAAGGGUUGCCAACCACAUUUUAAGUGCCGUAUUUUCCCACUAUAAACACAUUAUUCUUUUUUAGUUUCCUUCUUGUGCGUGCAUAUUUAUUUUCCAUUUUUUGGUAUCAAUCAUUAAAUAUCCUAAAACUCCAAAUAACUUAUAUUUCUGUACUGAGAACCAUAGCAUAUCUGGCUAUUUAGCAUUCAUUGUUGCCUAGUCUGUUUCAGCGUAGAAUUUUGCUUUUCAGUUGAUUAGCAUGCUAAAAGAUUGAGAAUCUAAAGGAGACUUUUUUUUUUUUUGAAUAUAUUAUUAUUUUCAAGUUUGCAGAGACUACCAAAAUGUGGUAAAACAUAGUUGUGAUCUUCACAAUAAUUAUUCAUAUGUUCCAGUACCAUUGGAGAUAACUGCAAAAGUGGGUUGGUGUUCAGACAUUUAUUUUAGGAUGUUUGAUUAAUCAAAUAUCCCUAUGAUAGUCACUGUACAUAUUCUGCAAACCAUGGGCCGGCCUAAUUCUGCAGAUAUUUCCUAGAAUUUUUAUAAUGUGUGGAUCAUGCUAGCAGAAUUGCAUACAAGAAAAUAUCUCCAAAGUUAAAGGGGUUUAUGCCAAUUGGAACAGUGUCAUCUGGGGCAUCACAAUGCUCACUUUAUAAAACUAGCAGUUGGUUAUAUUUAUGUUUAUAAACAGGGUUUGUAAUUAGACUGACAAUAGCGGAGUAGACAAGCCUGGACGUGGGCUUUUAUGUAAUAACCACUGCAUCAAUUACUGCCAAUGAGCUUACAAUCUGAUAAUCAUUGCUUAUUAUAAAUUGUACACAUCUAUUGCAGUUAAUACAAAAUGUAUCUCAGACUAGAUUCCUUUUUGUUUUGUUUUUUUGCGAAAUAUAUUUUUGGUGGAAACGGGAUAUGCAUUACAAGUAAUAUAUCAUUAUGUCCGUUACUCAUUUUCUGUGAUUUGGUAUACUAAACUUGUAAGUUUGUUUUAAUCUAAGCACCAAAUCUACGUCAGCAUUCCCUCAAACAAGAUAACUGGGCUGUAAAGUUUAAUUCCUUUUAGAUUGCCUGCAAAUUAAGGGAUUAGAAAAAAAAAAAAAAAAAGUAGAGACCGUAACAGACAUACGCUUUUAAAACUAUUUUUGCUUUUAAGAAGGCGAGGAUCAUGUAAUGUUUUUAUGGUGAUAUGUCAGCCUCACUUGGCCAUUUUUGUACUUUUCCUGUUAUUUAUUUUCCGUUCCCUGCUGCUUUCGAUAUUCCGUCAGUUGUAGAUUACCAUGUAUGCAAUAUUUCAUGUUUACAUCUGAUCCUAUCUAACUUUCCUUUUCUCUGUCUGAGCAGCAAUCCAUCGUUCUCUGGAGCACCGGAGAGGAAACCGUGAGAGUCAUGGCUUUCUUGGUUCUGAAUAAAAUCUGCAGGCACAGGCAGGAUUCCUAUCUCAAUGCAGUGCUAAAGGUAAUUAAAUGUCUUGCCAGCUUUGCUUGUGUUUCCUGUAUACCUUUUUAAGAUGAAAUUUCUCCCAACCUUUCAUAUAAUUCCGGAGCAGCAUGCAAGCCUUUAACAGAGUAAUUGUUGAAUAUUUAAUAUCUGCCGUCCCUUUGUAAUAAAUCUUAGGUAGAAUUUUUUUUUAUUCUUCUUAAAUGGAUCCUUUCAAAAAUGUUAACAAAAUAUCUUCUGUAGGUAGAGUGCUGAUGGUGUAUAUAGACGGUGACUCCAUACUCUUAACUGGAAUGGGUUAAUGCCAAUCAUUCAUUGCUUAGAAGGACCACUAAAGGCACUCCCAUGAAGUGGUCUGGGUGCAGUGCCCUUUAGUUUUAACCCUUCAAUGUAAAACAUUGCAGUUUCCUAGAAGCCGUAUUGUUUCCAUUGCAGGGUUACACACACCUUUGUUGGCUGUUUUCCUGACAGCCGCUAGAGGCGCUUCUCUAUGAGUACCGAAUCAGACUCGAUUCUAAAUCAAAUUCUGCUCCUAGAACAGCAUUUGAUUUGGUGCAGUGUUGCGAUUUGCAGCUCACUAGCCUUCCAAUGCUUUCCUAUGGGGGGGGGGGAGAUCAUCAACCAUGAUGAUCUCAGCCAGGGAGGAAGACUGACCGAGAAUAGAAGAAAGGUAAGUCAAACUCACCUUUCAGACCCUCACAGGAGUAGGGGUGGGGCCUCCUAAUAUGAAGGGUAAUACUAUGCCAGUAGGAAUACAUGUUUGUAUUCACUAAAGUGUUCCAUUAAAGUAUUAUUUGAAUAACACAUUCAUGAAAAAACAAAAUAUAUUGACCGUGGCCAUGUAUAAUAAUAAAAAAAAGCCUGAUCAUGCAAUUUUUAAAAUGCGGGAAAAUAUGAAUGUCUUUGUUCUCUCACAUGAAAAAAUCUGCAGGUUGUUUACUGACUUUUUUAAUGGUCCAUUAGCUUUUGUUUUUUGUUUUUUUGGCAUAGUGGGGCUUGAAACAUUUUUUAUUUUUUAUUUAUUUUUUUUGAAUUUUUUAUUUUUGCAGUGCAUAUAAUGGAUACAGACUGGCUUGAGGUACCCCAAAGGCAUUCCUCGAGCUGCUUAACAUAAGUAACAAGUAGGGUAAUCGCUAGGCAAUGCACAAUUUUAUAGUAUAUAGUAGCAAUAACGUUGGUGAAACAUAAGAGUAGUAAAAUAGAGUAAGUAACAAGCGUAUGACAUAUCCCCUUACUGCUAAGAGAUAGGUACUAUGUGUAGAUAGUAAUGGUAAGGUAAGGGGUACAGUAGAGUUUACCACCCCAGACAGCCCCAACACCCUGGCUAGCACCCUAUAUGAAUGGUAGCAGAUUAGAUUGCAUUACCCUCUGGACCUGUUGUAGCAAGCAAAGUGUAACGCCAUCAGGUAACACAAGUAUGGCAAACCAGAAGUCCAAUAUGGCCCCAAUUCUGGGUAGGCGCUGGGGUCAGGGAUCCAUCUUGGUGGUCAUCCUAUCCCCCUUGUAGGGAAUGUAAUGACCCAGAGUGCUUGGCUUCUCAGGCUGUCAGGCAGGGGAGACGUCUUCAUAUUUUUGUGCAGCAGUCGCUCUCUACUCCCCUCACCAUCCCUGCGUGUUUCCUUCUGCAUGGUGCUGGGGUUAAAGAGCUUCAGGGUUUGCCGGCCGGCUAAUUUUACCGCCUUACGCCGCUUAGGCCGUCGUCGCUGGCUCCGGUAUGCUGGGCUCGCGGUGUGUGCAGCAAGGCGCUUCGGGAAGUAGCGGGAUGGUUCAGGAGGUGCCUUGAUGGUCUCCGUGGGUGUCAGCCUGCUCUCCAGCGCCCUCCAAAAGGCGUCGAAGAUUGCCUCCAGGCGCUGGUAUGUGUCAGGUAUUUCCUCUCCAGGAGUCAGCAGACGCGUGUCGUCCGCCAUCUUAGGUAGUGCUCCACCUUGCUCGCGGGUGUUUGCGGCUCUGCUGCGGCUCUCCGAUGGGGUUUGGGAGCCAUCAGGGUGGGGACCGGGAUAACCCCCACCGGUCCAAAGGGGGGGGUAGCAGGGCUCCAGGUACAUGCUCAGCACUUUGAUUGCGCCAGUCUGGGAGAGCGGCCGCCUCUCCCCUCCUCAACGCUCACUAGGCCUCAGUGGAUCUUGGUGUCUGGAGUGCUUGAAAAGGCUGUUAGAAGCAUUCACAGGUCGGGUCUUUUUACAUGUAGUUGGGGGUAAGUCGCUUGGUGCCCAGUUUUGGAUAUUUCCGUCAAAAUAGCAAGUUUGCUUAGUGUGUUCCUGGGAGCUCACAAGAAACACAACCAGUCACCAUGAGUGUCAGGCCCCGCCCCCUUGAAACAUUUUUUUAAGAAGAUUUUAUAAUAGAAGACAUGUAUGAGAAGAACAUUAUCUAUAAUAAAGAGCACGGAAUCCUCCCAAUUUAUAAUAAAUUGACACACAAAUUAAAUGUUACUUAACCAUUCAUUCUGUGAAUAUUUCUAUUUGGUGACAGCCCAGUAGUGGCUUUGAGUAUGUUAUCCAAAAGUCAAAGUACUAUAAUAUUCAAUAAUCUACAACUAUAUCCCUCCAUCCUACCAUGUCUGCUCCCCAACAGCCUACUAGCUUUCAACAUUGUUCAUAAUUUCCCCAUUUCAUUUUAAUGUAUUUGUCUCAUACGUAGUUUACAGUAAACUUAUGUAUAAGACAAAUACGUACUGAAUAAAAAUACAAGCCGCAUCCAUUUGCAUAAAUGAAGCCAAGGACAUAAGCAGGCCUCAAAAGGGUUAAAUAACACUUUAAACACUUAUCUGAUUCCAGCACAGAGAUCAUUUGGCGCUGGCUUGGGUUCUUUCUCUGAUGUCAGCCGAUAUGGGAAAGCUAAUGCGAAUGCACAUUAGGCCUUCACCAUAGGAAAGCAUGGACUUGAUGGACGUCUUUAUGCACAGCGUAAGGAUGUCUAGCGUCGUUUCACAGAGUUAAACUUAACCCUUGUAGUCUUAACCCUGCAAUAUAAACAUUGCAGUUUCUAUUGGGCUAAGGGGACAGGGACUGCACCCAGACCACUUCAAUAAGAUGAAGUGGUCUGGGUACCUAUAAUGUCUCUUUAAUAAACUGACAUGUAGCACAUCUUCUGUGGAACGCCCUUCCCUUCUCCGUAAGACUUUCACCCAGUCUCCACUCAUUCAAAAAAAUCAUUGAAAACUCACUUCUUCAAGAAAGGUUUUUAUCCCCCACCCCCAUGACUCCUCUCCUGCAACUGUCAAAGAUUACCUACUAAGCCCUCAGUGUAUACUUUUCUAACAACCUACUUCGUACCCCUACUUUUACCCUUUGUGUCACAAUACCGCACUCCCUGUAGAAUGUAAGCUUAUUGAGCAGGGCCCUCCACCUCUCUGUUCCUGUAUGUCCAAUUGUCUGGUUAAAAUUACAUCUCUGUUAGUCCACCCAAUGUACAGUGCUACGGAAUGUGAUGGCGCUAUAUAAAUAAUAAAAUAAUAAUAAUAAUAAUGUAUUUUCUGUCUGUCACGCUAAGACGAUAUUUCCCAGUAUUCACCCAGCUAUUUCAGUCUCCGUAAAAUAAUUCAUGACUGUUUCACAAAAAGAGAAGGAUUAACUACCUGCUAUAAAUAGCAUAGUGGGUUUCACAGCAGGUAGGCUGCAAUCUAUUACUGGAAAUGUAUUGGUGUUAUUUAAAUGAUUUAACUCCAUGUUCUGCUUGCUAAACGCUGAUGAUUUGGGUAUGCCAGUGAUUGAACUCUGCAGUGUUUCCCCCCCCCCCCAUCCUUACUGGGAUCAAACCAGAUCUAAGUAGCAUAGUUAUGGAUACACUAUGUUAAGGAGUUCAUUAUAUUUUGUUUCAAUUGUAAAAGGGCACAUAUAAGAAAUCUGCAGAUAAAAAGAACUCAUGCUCACCAGGUGUGAUGCUCAUUGUACCCUGAGAGCAAACCGUAAAUGGACUCGGUCACAAAACCUUUUCUGUUAUUUAUUUACGUUAUUGUAUUGUAUGUAUGUAUAGGCAGAAUAAAUAUUCUAUAAUUAUUGCCCUUUGUAUUUCUCACAGAAAAUGUACAUCGCAUACGUCAAGAAUUCCAAAUUCACAUCACCCAACGUUCUGCCAAUGAUCAACUUCAUGCAGCGCUCUUUGACUGAAAUGUACUCACUCGAUGUUCAGGCAUCUUAUCAACACAUUUUUGUAUAUAUCCGUCAGCUUGCCAUCCACUUGCGCAGUGCCAUGACCCUCAAAAAGAAGGUGAGUUGAGUGGAAGGUGCUUGUCUUGUGCAGAAACCAUAUAUAGAAUGUACUCCCACCCACUAGUGUUUUCCUCUGAACAUAUUAUCACAGUGGAUGUUCUUUUCUCUCUCUUCUGGCAAAGAUGCAACAAGGUCUCUUCCAGUUAGUUGACUAGGUCUAACAGAUAAGUUCAAUGACAUCUUUGAAUUAAAAGCAGGUUUGUUUCCAACACAACACUGAUUUUAUUUUCCGCCAGACUCAUUUUAUUUGUAACUUGGGGACUGGUUGUUGGCAGCUGAUGACUGUUACAAAUAAUAUGUGAAUAAUACACACAAGCACUGAUGUAUAUCUAUGUGUAUAUACAGUAUGUUGCGCAAUUCGAGCAACUGAUCUGAAAUGCUAAUAAGAAAAGUAUAAAAUGGUAUUUAUUUUAGAAAAAAAUGGCUUAUUUGUUUUUGUCUCUCUUGAGAUAGAUAUACUGUAUUUUCUUGAAUGUAAUGCACACCUUUUUUGUAAAAUAAAGUUUCCAGAAUUUUAAUGUGCUUUAGAUUCGAUGGCGCAUUACAAUCGGGGCAAAAUUCUAAAUUUUCCAGUGAAUUUAAACAGGCGAAUUUCAUUCUGGCAAAUUUACACAGGCAAAUUUUGUUCCUGAAAGAGAACUUAAGAAAGAGUUAACAUGUAACACUAAAAUUUAAAUACCAUCAGUGUUAUUUCAUUUGGCAAUAAACAUUUUCAUUGUAGCACUAUGUUAUAUGGUAGUAUUCCCCAGCAAAAACAUUUCACAGCUUCCAGGUUUAAAAAACUGAGGUGCGCAUUAGAUUCAAGUAAAUACGGUAUUUUUGAUCAAAUAAAAAUAUAUGUUGCCAAAACAACUUUAGCUUAAUGAAGCAAUUUUGGCAUAUAGAUCAUGUUUCUAAGGUCUAAUUUUUUUUUAUUUCUCUUACAUUUAGGAGUUAAAUUACUUUUGUUUCUGUUUAUGCAGCUCUAGCCACACCAUCCCUGGCUGUGACUGAUACAGCCUGCAUGAAAAAAAACAAAGUUUUCAUUUUCAAUCAGAUGUUUCCUUACAUAAGAUUUAGUUUUUAUCUUCUGCUCUGUAAAUUGAACUUUAAUCACAUACAAGAGGCUCCUGCCAGGUCUGGUAAGCAAUUAACAAGAGUAGAAGAUACGAAAUUAUAAAUUAAACAGAAUUGGCAAUAAAGGAAGUGUAAACAUUAGAUCUUACUUUACAGGAAAUGUUUAUGAAAAGGCUGUGCAUAGAGGUGUGACUCCAGCUGCAUAAACAAAGCGAUUUAACUCCUAAAUGGCAGAGAAUUGAGGUCAUGAUAUAUACACCAAAACUGCAUCAUUAAACUAAAGUUGUUUUUGUGACUAUAGUGUCACAUUCUACCUUCUGGAAAACCACAGGUUUUAUCUAAUGCAGAACUGACAGGGGUAUUUCAAAUGUUGGGCUAGAAUAGCCAAAUUGGUGAUGUUUCGAACUGGUUUUCCAGUUGAGUGUUAUUGUCCUAAAAGUAAUAAUUUUUGUUAGUUCUCCAUAGCACACUUUAGCAAAUUACCCUAAUUGUGUCGUAAUAUAGGCGAGAAGACAUUACUGGAAACAAGUGAGAAAAGUCACUAUAUUUGCACACAAGCAGGGAAAUGUGUUUAUUGAGGAUUUAGAAAUUUGACAAAAAAAACCAACACGAUUUUGGUUAAGAUGAAUAGUGUGAAACUUUCUUUCGAGAAUGUUGGUACCUACAUUACAAUAUAUUUGUUAGGCCAAUAGGAUUUACCUACAUGAAUAAGCACUAAAGUUCAGUAUCCGAAAUGUACUUGUUCUGUUGUUUGCUAGUCAAAUUUUUCAAACCUAAAAUGCUGAUCUGUCAUAGACUAGAAACUCUGCAUGCCCGGCUUGCCACUGUAGUAGGUCUAACUGGCCACCUGUCUCCACUCUAGACUACUUGAGAUGGGUUCUUGUUUGGUAUUUGCAUGUUAAUGGAAUUACAAUUAACCCCAUUUGAGGUGUCUGGAUCUGUGUCCAAUCCCUUCUUCAUUAAUUUAAAGGCUAUUAGAGUUUAUAGACACUCAGAUCAUGCACCAGAUGCCUUUGGUGUCUGAGCCUUGCAUCCAUUCCUUCUAUUUGGUCUGGGUUUGGGUUAUGUCCCAUUUGGUUUCUUCUCCCCAUGGACAACCAGCAAGAAACCCUAUACUAAGGGAUAGGCAGGUCAUCUUACUAAAUAUAUAUAUUAAAAAAAUAGUUUGUGGCAUAAUUGUAAAAUCCAACCCAUCUCGUCUGUUAUCAUGGAUGAGAAAUGUGAUUCUGGAUAGUUAUAUGUACGCCCAAAGCAUUUUAGAGGUUUUUUACUCUUUUAGCCUUGACUACUUUUACUAUACAGGCAUAAAAUAUUAACAUGUUUUUCUGCUCCGUUGUUUAAUGUAAAGGUCUCCGUUGACCUGCUACGUGUUUUAUUUAAAGAAACAUGCAUCCUGCAGCUUCAAUGUACAUUUAAAGUUCCAAUACGUGUGUUUUUGCUCUUUUUUUUUUUGUGUGUGUGUUCACUUUUCUAUUAUAGAGGAACAAGGCAUUCUUAUAUGUUUUUAUACAUGUUGUAGGAGUAGUGGAGCUCCCGGAUUCUAAGGAAAAAUGAAAGAAACUUUUUUUUAUUUUUAUUUUUUGUAAUUUUUUUUUUUUUAAGUGUAAAAUAUUUAGUAUCCAUUAACUCCAAGGUGUAGCAUGAGUGUUAUUUGUUAAACUGAAUAUUGUGGGUAAUCAACACCUGCUGGUUUCAGUCUGAAAUCUAAAGAAUAAACAAACAGCCGAGUUUGAGUGCUUUUCCAAUUCAGCUAUUUUUGUUUCAAAUUUGCCGUUACCAUCUUAGUUCUGCAAAUUUCCUAUUUUAGUGAAUACAGUUGAAUGUGUUCUUGGCUGACAACAUCCAGUACCUGGAUUAGGCCCUCUUACUCGUAUAUGUGUUCUAUUUAUGCAUUUGUUUGUCUGUUCUUUAUGCAGUCUGCCUGUAGGAUUUAGUUGCAGGGAAACCCCCCCCUAAUUGGAUGGUGUUAUCUAACGUCCUCUCACUCAACAGCUCAGACAGCUCCAUACAAGCCAAUUAUUUUUUUCCUGGAUUGCUUUUUCUUUAAUGCUGUAGCAAGCUGGCCGAUGCGUCCUAGUCGGCUGUUUUUUUUCUUUUUUUUUUUUCUCUCUCUUUUCUUAAUUUUAUAGGUGUUAUCCGCACAGUAAUUCUAAAACAUCAGACAGCACAAUCGACCAUGUAUUCCAUUAUUAAAGUAUCGGGAAGGGGAUUUUCUUUGAAAUAUUUGCUGAGCCCUGAAUUUUAGUGCAGCAAAAGUUACAUUUAAAAAAUGUUUUCUUAAUUUUUGUUUUCCUCAGACUUUUAUACUCAGCAGGAAAAUUAUACAAAUAUGUUUUCUGAAGUUCACGUUGCAGUGGGACAUGCGCUGUUGGGCUUUAUUUGUUAACUUGAGAAAAAAAAUCAAUCUUUAAUUUCCAUUCAGAUAUUUCUCUUGAAUACAAAUUUGGAAGGUAGAGAUCCCUAGAAUUGGAUCUGCGUUCCAAAGGUUAUAAUGUAAUUAUCCACAUAAGUACACUCAUUUGAACGCACAUAUCCUGCUUUUUUACAUAUUCAUUUAAGCCCUUGGUGAUAUGUGAAUAGUACAAGCCGUUUCAUAGGGAAUCUUUGCUACCGCACAAUUACAGUUUCAGUUAUGGGUUAAUGUAUGGGUGAACAUACGUGUGUGCUUUAUGUAGUACGGAUAUUCAGUCACUCCAUCCUGUACAGGGGAAAUGUAUACCACGUUAUAUUCUCCCUCCAUUUUCCAUUUCGGUUCAUUCUAAAAGGCUCCUGAACCGUAUUGGGUUAACAGAGUGGGUUCUUAUGAGGACGUGCCUGAACGCUUCGCCCAUUACUACUCGUGUGUCAGACGAGCUUGUAACUCGCCCAUGCUGCUCAGUCACUCCCUGAGCUAAUGAGUGCCUCCUGCUGAUUUCUGCUCGUUAGUGUGUGGAACGAGAGACAGAAUAGUGUGACUGGGUGGCCAUCCUGCUGUAUUAUUGGCUUGUUAGGCAGAGGCCUCCUAUGUAUUUUCCAGUCCUUCAGCAGUGAGGGAUACCUUUCACUCCAGUUGGAUGCAGAUUCAAAGUGACAGGUUUAUACAGCAAACAGACCUGGCUCCGCUGUAACCGGAAUCCUGGUGUUAAGCAGAAAUCCUGUUUAGAUCACUGAUUUUUUUAUUUUAUUUCUAAUGUUUCCAUUGUGUUUGAAGAGUGGCACCAGAUCGGCCUGUAUAAUCACAAAAUUGGCUUCUAAGUGACCUCUUAUCAGAGUGCUGCAUUAUUUUCACACAUUGCUAGUGUAAUUGUAACAUAUUUAACCCUAUUUCUGCCAUCUGUUUUAGUUAACCAAGUUAUUUGGUAAAUUCCAAAUUGUAGCAAAUUAAAACCCGAAUUGCAAAAAUUCUUCAACAUGGCUAUAAUCACUUAGUUUAUAGUUUUACAAUCCUUACAUUAAUGUGCUACACUUCGGAGUUUGUGUUUAACCCUGUUAAUGAUCACGAACCUCUGUCGAAAAGUGUUGUCUAUGCAGAUGUGUCAAUAUAUUUGAAUGUCAUAUAUCAGUCAACUCAAACUCUGUCUUCCUUUCUAUAAGUUGAUGAACUACAAUUCCCAUGAUUCUCUUGCUUUUUAUCACAUUCAGAGAAUUCUGGGAAUUUUAAGCCUUCAUUUUCUGUGGGAGGAGGGGCGUAGUUUGAUAUCCCUGCUAUACUCAAGAGUCCAUUGGCUUUUGUUGUGCUUUGAAAUUUAUUAUCUCGAUUUUGUAAUGUCAACGCCAUUGCUACUCUGUAUUACAUAUAAUGUAUAUGGGGAGCACAUGAUAUCCCACAAAUACCUAUUGUGUAAAAUGAAGACAGACCUGUUACAAUUAUUGUUUUCUUGUUUGUUUAAGGGGGCGUAUCAGUCUGUGUACAACUGGCAGUACAUUCACUGUUUAUAUCUUUGGUGUCGGGUGCUAAGCACUCUCCACCCUAAUGAAGUCAUGGAGCCACUGAUUUACCCACUCGCCCAAGUCAUCACAGGCUGCAUCAGGUAAGAAGAGUCAUCUCAAAUCUUACAUAGAACACCACUUAUGGCUUUUGUAUAAUUUGCAUACCGUGCAAAUUUCAGCAAUGUGUCUUUUAGCCCUUCGACAAAACAAUGUCUUUGGGCUGACAAUUCACACCCAUAGCUGUUGUGAGUAAUUGGCCUUUAGCUGUCUGACAUAAAGUGUGCAAUUUUGCAGCUACGAUAACAGUAUCCUCUAGGUCUUGGUUUCAGGUUGGCUGAUUGGUAAAUGACAAUAUUAACCGAUUUAAAGGAAACAGAUGCUUCAACAUAUUACACACUUACAACGUUUAAAGGUUCACUAUAGGCAUGCAGUCCACUUUAUCUCAUUGGAGUAGUCCGGGUGCAUUGUCCCUCUCCCCUUAACCCUGCGGUGUAAAACAUUACACUUUUACAUUGCAGGCUCAAGACUGGUAGACAGUCACUAGAGGCACUUCCUGCAGUUUCAGAGAGUUUGACUCUGUGAAAUGUCGCUGGACAUCCUCACGCUUUGCAUAAGGACAUCCAGCGUGUUGAAAAUCCCCAUAGUGAAGCAUUGAAGUUAGUGCUUUUCUAUGGGAAAGGCCUAAUGCCUAGGAACAUAGGUGCUAGAAUCGGGUGUUUACAGAGUUUGAACCCUUUCAUGGCGGGAGAGGGAGGUGCUCAGAGUCGCACAGGGUUUCUAUAGUGUAUUCCUAACACUAUAGUGUCCCUUUAAAUUUGUGUGUAUGAGAAAAGCCCAGCCUGGAGCAAAAGCAUAGUAUCUCCCCCACCACCAAAAUAACACAUGAAAAAAAUAAAAUAAGAGGUGUAGUUACCUGUAAAGUUGGUUUUUGUUGAAAAUUUCCAGGGUUCCUAUGAGCUCUUAUCAAACCAGGAAGUGGCUAAUCCUGACAUUGUUCAGCGAACGUUCGUCAUAUCCCAUAAAUCCUUGCAAAAUUCAGCCUCAGGGAUGUAUCAGAAAAUUUCAAAUUUAAGGCUAGAAUAACUGGACUGAAAGCACAGCUUGAUUUUUUUCUAGUUCUGUUGUUUUGAUGUUAACUGUUAAAGGGACACUAUAGUCACUAGAACUAUAACCUAAUGUAGUUUUUCUGGUGAGUAUAAUAGCUCCCUUCAGGCAUUUUUAUGCAUACACUGCCUUUUUUAGAGAAAAGGCAGUGUUUACAUUGCCCCUAGGGACACCUCCAAGUGGCCACUACUUCGAUGGAGGGGUGUGUUAAACACAGUUGGGUCAGGAAUACAUGUUUGUGUUCCUGACCCUAUGGUGUUCCUUUUAAAUAUACCUUGAAUUAAAGGAUCACUAUAGGGUCAGGAAUACAAACAUAUAUUCCUGACCCUAUAGUGUUUAACCCACCAUUUAGGUGGCUUGUCCCCCUAUAAAAGUUUAAACCUUCCUAUAGUCACCAGAACAAUUACAGCUUAAUGUAUUUGUUCUGGGGAGUAUAAUAGCUACUUUCAGGCAUUUUCCUCUGGAGGUGCUUCCUGGCUCAGUGCUGCACAGUAGGCAGCUCUGCCGUUCAGCGUCCCCACGCUCUGCAUGGAGACGCUGAAUUUUCCUCACAGAGAUGCAUUGAUUCAGUGCAUCUCUAUGAGGAGGUCCUGAUUGUCCAAAAUGGCAUUGGCCCAGCCCCCAUGCAGAUUUUAGCCAAUCCAAUGCUUUCCCUAUGUCACAAAGGGGUGGGGCCAGCAUCGGCACACCCGUGCGGCGCUGGAAAUAAGGUCAGUUUUAAAUGCUAAGGUGGGGGCAAGCCAUCUAAAUGGGUUUGGCACUAUAGGGUCAGAAAUAAAUGUUUGUGUUCCUGACCCUAUAGUGAUCCUUUAAAUUAUUAAAUCAAGAGCAUUGUUCUAAAGUUAAGCAUUAUUAAAACUUCCAUAACGAUUUCAUAGGGCAUUGGAUCACUGACAUAAUCCAGAAGGUGGCGCUAUUGCGCAAGCCCUUGAGAUUGCUGAGCUGAAUAAAAUUGCAAAACAGCCAAGUUGAGAAGUUGUCUUUUCUGGUCAACUGCCACAACCAGUUUGAGACCUUUUCAUGAGCUGAGCCAGCUAUUCAGCCAGCAUGUCAACGCAACAUCAAACAUAGCGCCGAUAAAGUCAGCUCUUGUUUGAGGAGCUCUUUGGCUGUGUGCGUGACAUGGGAGUCUUGUGACACACAGCAAACCAGGCUUUGUAAUUCCAAUUUAUUAACCCUCUGAUGGGAAGACAGCGGAUGUGAAAGGAGGCGGCAAAAUGCCUCUUGUUUCUUCUGCAUUUACUUACAUUGCAUAUCAAGUACAUAAACAAAGAAAAUAAAUAUAUGUACAUAUAGGGAUUUAUCACUUAAAAAUAUAUCUCUAAUACGUUAAAUGUUUUUAAGGGAAACUAUCACUUUUCACGAUUUUUAGUAUUAUGCUUACAUAUCCCUAUAUUUAUGUUUUUGUAAGGUGCAAAAAAAUAAAAAUAAAUGUUGAAGUCCACACCUCUUUAUCCUGCAAAUAAACAACUCCAUCUCACCUCCCUGUUAAAGGGACACUGUAGCAUUAGGAAUACAUAUCUGUAUGUCUUGCUUCACAGUCCGUAUGUCUCUAGUUUUAGCCCCCACAUCCCUUUCUGCCUACCUACCUGCGGAGGGGGGGUGUGAGAAUUACUCACCUUCUCUCCAGUGCCAAGUCCCCCUCGGCGCUGCCGUGGCCUCCUCCUUGCCAGCACAGAAGGGGUAUCUACAAGUCAGAUUGGAGUAACACGUUAAAUUGCAAUAUUUCCAUUUGUAACACCAUUCCCAACCUUUUCUGCUUUCUGGCAGUCCAUGUGUAACUUUAAUUCAUUUAAUUUAAUUGUUGCUCUCCCGUUGCAGACUUGUUCCCACCCCACGUUACUUUCCUCUGAGGAUUCACUGUGUCCGGGCUCUGACGCUGCUCUCUGAAAGUACGGGCGUCUUCAUUCCAAUAAUACCCUUUAUCCUGGAGGUAAUGUGUUCUUCUCGUCCAUGUUUCUUAUUGACCUUUCUUGUCAGAUCACAUCUGGAGUUGAAAGUGCCUCCGAACUUUUAUGUAUCGCGAAAUGUUUCAAAUGGAUGGGACUCGUUUACAUCCAAAACUGCUUUGUGACAUUGCAAUGCGAAUGGUGUAAAGCUACGUGCAUGUUCUUCGAUACAAUUAAUUUGAAGUUUAAAAGCUUUCAUGGGCGAUCAGCUGGUCUUCCGGAGCCCGCACAGUCAACUUCACUAAAGUGUCAAUUCUUAGGAGUUCAUGUGAAUUUCAAAUUUUAGGUCCGGAAGAAUUUAUUCAAUUUGGCUAUUGAGGCCUAAAAUUACAAAUUCACUUUGAAUGCAAUUUGAACUCCUGACUGUUCACACUUUAGUGAAUAUUCCUGUUUCUUCAGUGAGUUAUGCUUGUUUUCAGAACUAGUCUAGUCAUCUAGUUAAAGGGAAUCUCCAGUGCCAGGAAAACAAGCCCGUUUUCCUGGCACUAGAGAAUCCCGCAGUGCCCCUCUCCCUCUCGCCCCCCAUUCCACAUCGCUGAAGGGGUUAUAAACCCUUCAGACACCUGAAUCCAGCGCUGAUGUCCUUCGGCGCUGGGUCAGGCUCUGCCCACGCUCUUCCCCGCCGGUGGGGAGAUCUAAUACGCGUGCGCGCCAACAGCCCUGCUCACAUUAGGAUCUCCCCAUAGGAAUGCAUUAUUCAGUGCUUUCCUAUGGGGAUUCCGGUGACGCUGGAAGUCCUCAUGCAUAGCGUGUGGACGUCCAACGUCAUUUAGACGACAGUCGUCUAAGAAGCCAGAAGUCCCUCUAGUGACUGUCUGGUAGACAGCCACUAGAGGAGGACUUAACCCUGCAAGGUAAUUAUUGCAGUUUAUAAAAACUUAAGAGUGAUGGGAGUUGGCACCCAGACCACUUCAAUGAGCUGAAGCAGUCUGGGUGCCAACUGUGUCCCUUUAAAAAUUAAAGUGAUCCUAUUUUCUGUGUAAACUAGUAAUUUAAUGUUGCCAUUGCGUUUGCAUUUCCACUCCACAAAAUGGUAUGUGUCUUACAUAGUACCUAAAAUCCCCAGUGCACUAAAUGUGUAUGUGUGCUUUUUGCUUGUAUAAAAGGAGUCGAAAAUAGUUAGCAUCCAUUUAAACUGACUCAUAUUUGUAUGCCAGGUUUAUAUACGACAACUAAGCACUUAUAAAUGUUUCUAAUAUUGUUUGCUUUGCACACAAAAAUACCUAUUGGUUUUACAAGGAUUUAAUUGGGUAACAUUUGACCUUAGGAUAUACUUCCUGCCAGGGUGAUUGCUAUUAAAGUCUCCGUGGAAUUUUUUUCUGUACCAGUAAAAUACUGUGUGGGGCAGAGUGGGGGAAUUUUUUUAGGGGAAAAUGUGUUUUGCUUCUAAUUACUGCUUUGAAUAGAACUUUAAUUUGAAUUUGACCCCCGCUCCCAGAACCGUAGAGUUUUGUAAAUCAGUGUUACAGUCAGUCACAUUUUGACCACACUGCACCGAUACAGCAUUGUGCAUUUUCUGGCAAGAGGAAUUCAACUGCUGAUGUCACUAGUGACAUCACUGGAGUCCCCUACUUACAGAAGUACUAAAUACUAGAUUUAAAAAAAAAAAAAAAGUUUAAAGAUGCCACUUUGUACUUUGAAGUUUUCUAUUUUUAUUUUAAUUUUUUUGCACAUCCAGCACAACAAAUUUGAAUUAGUAUACAAGAUUAUCCCAAAACUAUUUACAUAUAUAGUAGUACUUAGUUAAAUUUAUUGUUUUUUUUUGUUUUUUUUGGGUUUUUUAAGUAGCAUUUGUUUCUAAAAAAUUUUAAAAGUGGGUUUAUCUAAUUUUCCCCAAAAAGCCAUAACUAAUGAUGUUUUUAAAUAUUAUACAAUAACAAUGAUUGUACUAAAAAUAUAGAUAUGUAUUGUAUGGGAGUGCUGAAAAAAAGGAAACUUAUAAGUGAAGAACCGUAAAAAUGGCAGAAUGACUCUUAAACGUAAAGUGCUAGAGUGCAAAACCAUCCUGUCCCUUUAGAGGUUGGGCGAGCGAUUGAAAUUAAAGCAAUAUUAAUUACUUUGACAGUGAAAAUCAAAUGGCACGAGAUGGUAUUGAAGAACCUAACGAUUCAGAUGCCAGAGUUUGUGCCUGCAUUUCAGGAUGUUGUAACAUCCUACGCAUUGAGAUUUCUCACUGCGUACUGCGGCACUGUCUGCAUGCAACAGGUUAACAAGCUGAGUUUCUAUUAGCAGAGCUGUAGAAAUGUGCCGAAAGAGUUGCUAAGCACCAUGUCUUCCCACCAUCAUAUCCUGCAAGAUAUUGCCUCAGGGUGAUAAAAUUCCCGCUAAUCAUAAUCAGGGCAUGGAGAGCUAUUUUGUACAUCUACAGCUGCACUAUGCCCACCCUCUCUAAAUUUUCCUCCUGGUGAGGAACGUAAUGAUUCCAUACUACCCCCAUCUCUUAAUUUAGUUUUCCACUUAGGCCUUCUUCAUUAUGCUAUCUGGUCUGGGUUCUGAAGCCAGAUCCGGCAGAGACAGGGCAGGCGGGGAUGAGGUUUGGGUGGAGGGGGUUGUUGAUGAUCUGGCCACAGUUUGGCUUUUGGUAGAGGAGGGAUGGGAAAAGUAAGCACCGGAGGUUCGUGUAGCCUAGUGAUGCUCAGUCUGUCCCUCAGCCAAGACCUUAUUCAGUCAGUGGAAGGAAAUGCUUCUGCAGCUGUAGGACUCUGUCCAGCCCACAUCCUCUCGGCCUCUGCCAGCUAAAUAGCUUCUCUUUAGCCCACUCCCCACCCGGCAGGUUCCUGGCUCCGGUAUCCUGCACUCUUCCACUGACGAUUUUCGCACACUAGUCCUGUGACAGCCUGAUAUUGUAGGUCCCUAGAUCUGUGGUUCUGGUUCGUAUUUUGUAGGUCUACCCAUAAUUAACCCGGAAAUAAUAUAUAAUAAGGAAUCUGUCUCAAAGGAAAAUGGUGGGUUUUGUACUUUGCAACAGUGUGGGUAUCUCCAGACGUAACCUCAAGUAUGACUGUCAAGUUUAUGGUUUGCUAAAGAUUUACAGAUCUGGGAUAGCUUCUUGGAAUCAUUUAGUCUUAAAAACUAUACUGCCUCCUUCUCUUCAAAACACCACAUUUUGAUAUUUGGUUUUCAUUGGUAUCUGUGAGCCAUUUUUCAGAGUCAAGUAGAGUGGAAUAGAUUAAUCAUGGUGAUUGUGAAAUCACAGCCUGCUGUUGAAAUUAUUUUAAUAAGUUUUACUGAAAGCUAACAUGUGUGUCCUGGUUCCUUCAUUAUAUAAUACUGAUGUGUAGAUACUCUGGUCAUAGGAUAAGUCUGGUUAGUACAUUGGCUGGAAAGAUGAUAGAUCGUACUUAUGCAGCCCGUGUCCCCCCAGCCGUCCCCCCCCCACCCCUUUUAGUGGAGGUUGUACCGAUACAGGAUGGGUUACUCUGACCAAAACAGUGUUUUUGGUUGGAGUAACCCUUUAACCCCUUAAGGACACAUGACAUGUGUGACAUGUCAUGAUUCCCUUUUAUUCCAGAAGUUUGGUCCUUAAGGGGUUAAAGAGGAAACUAUCACUUAUUUGUAAAUUACACCUGUGGUACCCAACCUUUUUUCACUUGAGUACCCCAUGGCAGUCUAUUUCCAUAAAUUGUACCCCUCACAUUAGCAAAAUGUUGUAAUUAAUAUAGUUGCAUUUAUUUCAAAUUUAUACAUUUUUCUCUGUUCAAUCUCCCCUUUUUCUCUGCCCCAUGCUCUUCCUGCCUCUCCUCCGUCCCAGACCCUCCGUGCCUCUCCUCCGUCCCAGACCCUCCGUGCCUCUCCUCCGUCCCAGACCCUCCGUGCCUCUCCUCCGCCCCAGACCCUCCGUGCCUCUCCUCUGCCCCAGACACACAAAGUGUUACACAUGCAGACACGCAUAUAGAUACACAAACACACCCGCAGAUAUGCACACUGAAAUACAUACAGGUGCACAGAUACAAUGAUACACAAACCUAAUGAUACAGACAGAAUAAAACACUGACACACAAAUCCAUAUCCUGACACAUAAGCAGAUACAUACACUGACACACAUGCAGAUACACAGAUACAUAUCCUGACUCACACAGAUGCGUGCACUGACACAUACAAAGAUACCCACACUGACAUACAUAUGCGAACACAGAUACAGUGACACACGUGUAGAUACUGACACACAUGCAGAUAUAGGAACCUAUCUGUAUGCAGAUAGACACUGACACACAAGCAGAUACUGACACACAUGCAGAUAUAGGCACUGAGAAACAUGCAGAUACAGACACUGACACACAUGUAGACACAUACCCUGACACACAGACACACAGAGAGACCCACACAGAUACACACCCUGACACACGCCCCGACACAUGCCCCCAUACACACACAGAUACAUACACUGACACACUUAAGGAUACAUACCUUGAAACACACCCUGACAUACAGAUUGUGAUCCUUGUCAGCAGGUAGAACGGUCCUCUAGGGCAAAAACAUGCACAGUCUUUUAAUGCAACUUCAUUCCAGGCACUUUAUUUGUAAGUUUACUUAUGAGGCAGCAGCAAAUGAAAACAUAAAUAUAACAGGUUUCCAUUUAAACAAAAACCUAGCUAGUCUGAGCACUGACUCACUUUGAAUAUCCCUCUCUAUCAGGGUCAAACUAACAAAAACAUAUUGCACCAACCGUAUUAGAUAGCAACACUCUGCUAGCUAGCCUGUUGCUUUUCUUUCUUCACUCCCAGUGCUCCAAGCCAGCCUUGCCCUGACUGCUUUCCUUUCUGCACUCCCAGUGCUCCAAGCCAGCCUUGACUGCUUCCUCCUGCACUCCCAGUGCUCCAAGCCAGCCUUGACUGCUUCCUUUCUGCACUCCCAGUGCCUAGUCUCCUUGACUCUCUAUCUGGAGAGAACAGCCUCUCUCCUACCUGCUUCCUGGGAGAAGCCAGCAAUCCCUUUUUUACCUGCCUAGCAGGGAGGGGUUUAUUCCCACUGCAACAGCUGAUUAACUGCAGCUGAGCAGUGGGUUGGAGACGGUCCAAAAAACCCUGGCCUGGAUCUAUGUCUCCCCAGAAAACCACUAAACUGUGGAGUGGAGCACUGGCCCACCCUUCUCUCCAAAUGCUCCACCCCAGGGGCCCAUAACUAAACAAAGCUUUGUGUUGUGCAACACACAAACUACACGUACUUCCCCUGGGGUUAAAAGGCCUAUCUGCCUUCACUUUAUCACAAGAUACAUACCAUGACACACAGAUACACACCCUGACGCACAUGCAGAUACACAGACACAUAGAUACAUAAACUGACACAAAUAAAGACACAUACCCUAACACACAGACACACUAACAUGGAGAUACACACUCUGACACACAUGCAGAUACACAGAGACACACUUACAAACAUGCAGAUACACACAUAUACAUAAAACACAUACACUGACACACGCUGACACACAGAUACACACACACACAUAGAUACAUACACUGAAACAAAUACAGAUACAUACCCUGACACAGAGAUAAACACCCUGACACACAUGCAGAUACACACACACACACACACACACACACACACUGCCAAACAUGCAGAUACACAUACACAUACACAUACACUGAUACACUUAAGGAUUCAUACCCUGACACACAUUCAGAUACACACGUUGACACACACAUUGAAACACAUACAGAUACAUAUCCUGACACACAGAUACACAUACUGACACACAUUGUGUGCAUACACAUGCAAAUACACCAGAGCUUGACAAAUAUGCUUAUAAUCUAGGAGUCAGUAUUUUUAUUUUUUUAUUUUUUAACUAACAAAGCUUAAUUUUCAGAGACAAAAAUAGAAUUCUUAGAUGGACACUAUAGUCACCAGAACCACUGCAGCUUCAUAUAGUGGUUCUGGUGUCUAUAGCUUGUCCAUCCAGGCUUUUUAAAUGUAAACACUGCUUUUUCAGAGAAAAGACCGUGUUUACAUUGCUGCUUAGUAAUACCUCUAGUGGUCAUCACUCAAACCACGCUCUGCAAACAGGUAAGUAAAAUUUAUUUUCUCAGAGGGGGACCAGUCACCUAAACAGAAACACUAAUUUUAAUAUUCUUUUAAUUGAAACCCACCCAGCCUCCCUAUAUUUUGGAGAGGUGGCAUGGAUAGGCUUCCCCUGGGGUUGCGGGUCUAUUGCACACAGCGCCCGCUGGUCCGUCUCUGCCCUCCCUGACAUACAGAUACACACAUACAGACUAACAGACAUACAGAUAUACAAAUUCUAUCUUUUGGCUGACUGGGUCUGGUGGUAUUUGGCAUCCUGAUCCUCUCCCGAGCAUUGUGCUCUGGGUGCGAGUUGGGAGGAAAUAGUUACAAGCUUUUACUUCCUCCCAGUUCUUGCUGCAGGUAACACAGUGGUCUGGUCGCACCAUUAAUCCAUCGCAGCGCGCGACCGGACCCUUGAAGGCACACGUGUAUUGGGUGGCCCAAAGUGCAUGGGCUACCCAAUACACUCAGGCAGCGGUUCCCAGCCUGUGCGGCGGCCGGCACCGCCACUGUAACCCAGACCUUUUCGCGUACCCCCAGGGGCACUGAAUUGUACCCCUUGGGGUACGUGUACCACAGGUUGGGAACCGCUGAAUUACACUAUUGAAAUAAAACUUAUGUUAACCGUUUUGCAUGUGAUGCUCUGUUUUUGUUCAAUUAUAUUCAAUGGCAGAAAGGGGGCAAAUUUAUAAAAAAUAUUUUCAAGAAGCUUAGAUGGAGACGGCCAGUUUCUGGGCAGAUUUGUGUAUUUCUACAUUUAAUUUUAUUUGUCAAACAUCACAAAGACAUAAUUUCAAAAUAUAGGUGAAAUGUAAACAUAAGAAAAUGACGGUUCCCCCUUUAAAUACAGCGAUAUCUGUAGAUAGAUCAUCGGUUUUAAAGUAUUUAUUAUGUACGCCUACGUAGGUUCGCAAGCCCUAUGGAAAUAUAUCAAAUUAACUAUUAAUGAUGGCCUACAGUUAAAGAAAAUAACUUCAGGGGGUGGUAGGGAAUCCUCUAUUCCUUCCCACACUGCUCCAAUUAAAACUAGGUAUUCACUUUUACACCCAAAACAGCAUAGCCAUUACAGCUUAUUGUAGUUUAUGAAAUUGUGGUUUAUGAAAUUUGACCUCCUAAAUUUACAUUUAUUUUGGAGGAGUGGGGAGGGGGGUUGUCAUUGUCUUUGGGACCCAGGCUUUACCCAGCUCACACUGACGUCUCAUUGAGCUGUCCCAAGUACGUUUAGAGUAUGACAAUUUACAGUCUGCUUGCAUAUUGCAAGUUAACCUCUUUCACUUGUAGGAGCUGUGCUGUGAGCAUGUGCAACAAUGCUCUCUACUAUGCUUUAGAGCACAGUGUUCUGAGCUGUAUAGGGAGCUGUGUUUUGAGUCCAUAAUCCGUCACCGCACAGCGAAGGAGGCUUGACUUGCAUAGUGUGAGUGAGCUAUUGAUUCUGACUGUUCAGGUCCUUGGACAAUUCAAUGGAAGCAGUUAUGUAUGUGUCUAGGGAGUGGGCAAUGGACAUUGUACACAAAGAAACACUGUUGGUCAGUUUUCUGAACACUGUCCUAGCCUCUUUACCAUUACAGUAAGCCUGUAGGCACCCAGACCCCUUCGUCUCAUUGAAGGGGUCUGGGUACAGUGUCCCAGUCCCCCUUAGCCCUGUUUUUAGAAAAACUGCAAUGUUUACAUUGCAGGGUUAAGACUGCCUCCAAUGGCUGUCUACCAGGUAGCCACUAGAGGCGGUUCCUGCUGUCUCAUGGAGUUUGACCUAAUGAAACGACACGGGUGGUCCUCGUGUUUUGAGUCCAGUGUCUUUAAAUCCCCCAUAGGAAAGCAUUGAAUUAAUGGUUUCUUAUGAGGAACCUUUUAUCUGUAAGGGAGGGUGGGAUCGCGAUGGCGAGGUGGCAGAGGAAUGUUUAGUGUUGGAAAUACAACUUUCCUUUAGUAUUGACAUUUCCUUUAAUCUUGACCUUUGGUUUUGUUGGAAUAGAGAAGAUUAUAGGGUGAAAAUUUCUACACAUUAGGUAUACAUUUUAUGUACUCUGUUUGUCAACCAUUAUGUCAGACAGAACUACAGUUGCCAUGAUGCUCCACCAUCUGAAAAACUGGCUAAGCAUCAUGGGAAAUGUAGUCUGCUGCAGGCUGAUUAAUCCUGAGUUGAUAGCGGAUUGUAAAACUUUGGGGUGAGAAGGGGUGAUACUCAAAAAACCUUUUUACUAGAUGUGCCGUUGUAUCCUGGUGGUUAUGUUUCUCUUUAAGGUAUUGGUCUAGGUAAUCUUUGUUUAGCCUUUUUGUUGCUAGAAAGGGUUAACUGCUUUUCAAUGUGCUGGGAAUGAUGUCACCGGCAGCCAUUUAUCUCUUAAUGACAUGCCAGGGCAGCAGAUAUUGAGGCUUUUCUUGCACAUGAUACCGAGAUCCUACACAAGGAAACUGGGCUAGCUGACAGCAGCCAGAUGUGCCUUUCUCGGAACCCGGCAGCCCACCACCUACUGACUGCCUGUUUGGCAGAUCCUGCCAGGACUUGCUGAUGGAAAAACACAUGCUCUACAUGACACCAUGCGCAUGUUUAGCGUGGCACCCCGUGGAUUCUUCUCUAACACACUGUGGCCUCCCGUAAUUGUCUCCAUGUGCUUAAAUAACACUUCCAGUUCUUUUGCAAAGUCCCAGCAGUCUGGCUGUCUGUAUUAAUCUUAAAAUGACAGGGCACAUGGAAACGGUUAAUAUAGAGCACAUGGAAACGGUUAAUAUAGAGUUAACCCUUGCACUGCCAGAUAGGCGCCUCAUGUGUUGCUCACUUUCAGGGAAAUGACAGAGUUGAAAUAUGUUGGACGCCUCCUGCCAGUAGUGUACGUUCUGUCUUCCUUUAGGACAUUAACCAUACGCUUUUGUUCCUCUACUGAAUUUCAAGACUGUGAUUCAUAGCCAUAUUUAAUUACUAGGAUCUUUAAAAACCUCUGAUUGAUACAAAUUAUCCACACUAUUUGGACUCUUACUUUUGUGUUCAGAGUUUAUUGACCGUGUCCGUGUCUGCAAUAUACAAAUCUUUCAUUAUUCACAUGCAUUAGGAGUGUAGUAGGUCACAACUCUUAAGGUUCUUCUCACCAACCCAUUGGAAUAGACCUCUUUGAAAGUGUGCAGGUUCACCCAGUGUGAAUGGGGAGACAGCCGAGGCCUAGGACAUGGAACUUCAGUUAAAUCGUCUGUAAGGAACUAAAUAGUGGAGGCAUCCUUGCUUGAGAACAGGUGCAGCAUUAUAGCACUACCCAGAACACACUUGAAAACGAGAGAAAUCUCAAUGUAUCUUUCCUGAUAAAAUAUUUUAUAAAUAAAUAAGUGAAAAGCAACAUGUAGGUAUUGGCCUUCAUCAUGCUUGUCACUGUGACUUUAAAUAUCCGCUUUAUGUCUAUUUUGGCCUCCAUUUUUGCUACGUACGCCAGAGAUGGGUGUCUGGAGGCGUGCGGCACCCGCAGAAUUGUUAUCCAUUAUGUGCACGUUGUGCUCGCUAAUGAAGUAUAUUGACGAAGCUGACUUAGUGCUUUCCAGAUAUAUUGUUAAAUCUCUGGCUCACAAACUAUAUAAGGAUUCUCAAAUCCUUGGCCGAUAUUGAUCACUAUAAAAAUGUCUUGCUAAUUGUGUUCUUAAAUUAAUGUGGGUAUUGCAUUGUAGGAAAAAAACAGGAAUAAAGUAGAGUGGUUAAUCAGCUUGCUACACCUGAGGUGUGUUUUGACGAUGACCUUUAAAGACCAGGCAGGAGGUUUACAGAUUUUAUUUCACUAAUGGUUCUGUAAGACCCUUUUUCAAAUUAAUAAAUGUAUUUCACAGUGGAAGCCUCUCGUAGAAACACCUGAUAGCGAUUUUAUUUUAUUUUGCUUGUAAAAUUGUGUUUUUUUGCGGUUUUAUUUAACUGUUGGUGAAAUACACGACUCAAGUGAACUAGUAGCCAGACUGCCCUUUACUCCCUUAAGUACGAGUGAUGGAAUAAUUCCAUUAUAGCAAGCUAUCCUUUUAAAGAUCGUAUAUCAACUUGGAAUGUCCACUCAUUUCAAGGUCUGUAUAUGGCUGCUAAUGCAGAGUAGGAGCACAUACAUUACUGGCCUAGGGUCUUUAGGGAAGAGAUCGUGAUGUCCAAAUGAAAUAAUGCUGGUCUUUAAAGGGCCGGAGAUAUCUAUAUAAGAUGAUAACUUUUUUGAAAGGCAAAAAAGGCUUUUAAUGUACUGUAUAGUUCCAAAAGCAACCACAGUUAAAUGUGAUAUACUAUACAGCAAUGAUGUAAAAAAAUAAAUAAAAAAAAGAUAAUUUUAGACAGUGGAGUUUGUCCUUUAUCCUGUUAACCCUGGUCCUUCCAUUCUUCCCCCUUUUUUUUUUUUCGGCCUUAACAGAACGCUUCAUCCACUAGAACACUUUAGCUUGCUGAAAUGUAUUGUGUAUAAAAUAUGUACUCUUUUUUUCAUUUAGCAAAAAGUGCAGGUUUUAGUAGAAAUUGGCAUUUUAACCAGAGGAACUCUAUAGGCACACAAACCACCUUAUUUCAAUGAAGUGGUCAAGGUGCCAAUGUCCCUCAGUUUUAACCCUGCUAUUGAACAGUGCUGCUGAAUAUGCUGGUGGUUUAUAAUUGCCAAUAAUAAUAAGUGGUAACUAGAGGUACUUCCGAUGAAAUAGCUGAGUAAAACUCUAUUUCAACCAGAUAGUUUCAAACAAGAAGGCGGAGCUUCCACACGUAAACCAGCGCAUCGAGGACUGGAAGGUAAACAAAACUCACCCGUCCGACCCUUACACAGGAGGCACAUUAAGUGGACACUAUAAUCAUUAGAACAACUACAGCUUAUUGUAUUUGUUCUGGUGAGUAGAAUCAUUCCCUUCAGGCUUUUUGCAGUAAACACUGUUUUGUCAGAGAAAAUGCAGUGCUUACAUUAGUCUAGGGAUAACCCCACUGGCCACUCCUCAGAUGGCUAUUAGAGGUGUUUCCUGGGGCAGUUCUGCACAGUGUGACUGACAUUUAGUGUCUCCACCCUCUGAUUGGAGACACUGAACUUUCCUCAUAGCUAUGCAUUAAUCUCUAUAAGGAGAUGCUGAUUGGCCAGGACUGUUUGGUCUGUGCUGGCUCUGCCUCCUUGACAAUCUCAGCCAAUCCUUUGUGCAUGUCUCUUUUGCCCCUUCCACUGCUCCUCUAUGCAGUGUUAAUUUUGGCAGCAAAUUUUAAUUUAGUUUUAGUCAGUUUUUUGACUAAAAUGCCAUUUUAGCUUUUAGUCGCAUUUUAGUUAUCUGAAUUUUUUUAGUUUUAGUCCACUAGAUCCUUGACAAUCUCAGCCAAUCUAAUGCUUUCCUAUGGGAAAGGAAAGUGAUUGGCUGAGAUCACCACUUCAGAUGGUGUCAGCCAAACAGACAGACCAGGGAAGAGCCAGCAGCAGCAGGCUGGAAUAAAGGUAAUAUUUCACUAUAUUUAGGGGGGCUAUAUAGAGUUUUUAACACAAUAAGGUCAGGAAUACUUGAUUAUGUUCCAGACUCAGUAAAGUUCCUUUAACUCUGUAACACACCCCUGUCUGUCAAUCAGACAACCGUUCCUGUUACUUCCUGUUUUGAUUAGCUCAGUGGAGAUAAACUCAAGAGGCAGUCAAUUGCCCAGAGCACUUGCCUUUCAAAGACUUCUCAUUGAGCUGCACUGGGAGUCUGUGAUUGGACAGCCACAGAAAGUCUGGGGAGAAGGGGGAGGGUUUUCAAAGGCUGCAGAUAUGAGAUCUGUAGCUUUUUCAAGCUGUUUAUAGAUAUAACCACAAUGAAAAAAUACAUUAUUAAAUACAUGCAUGUUUACAUCGGGAUUAUAUCUACUAAACAUUGUUUUUUACAUUUUGUUUUUGGGUGGUGGGCUGUCCUUUUAAUAUACUAUAUCUCAGAGAUAAGUACAAUACAGUCCUCUAACUGUACAAUGACAGAGUUGGGACAUAACAUCUGAUUCUUUAUCUGUUUUUCUGCAGUAGGGCAAACCCACAAUUUGUCAGUCAAAAAGAAUAUGCCAUGUCAUGGAUGGGUGAUUGCUGUCACCACGGUGCAACUAUUUCGUAAUUGGAGAAAUUUGCCAACUAUUUAUGCCUAACCUUUUCCAUCCCAAUUUUUAAUUAACUGCUUUUUAAAGUUUAGUGAAUAAACCUGAUUUCAUCUUAUAUCAUAAAGUGGACAAUUUUUAUUGACAAAAUUGGUAUCUGUUAAAGUCCCAGCUGUCCAUGCAGUUUUUAAUUCUUCUCAAAUUGUUACUGCUUCUGUGAAGUUCCGGCUGCCUUUUUUUUUUUUUUUUUAAACCUACUGAAUGGAGCAUAUUUUACCCCGUCUCCUAUGUCAGCCUGUUUCAUGUUUAUUUCCUGUUGCGAAUAUUGAGAUUUUGGUGCUGUGCGUCAAUGUGUAUUGUAUUGUGACACACGAUGCAUAUUAAAGAGCUCUGCUCUAGGAUAUUCAAGUUAUCCCGCACUACAAAUCAUCUAAUCAGCUUCCACAUUCCUCUAAUUAGUCCUAGCUCACCUCAAUAUACCUCCUUGACAGGCCAUUUAGUACUAUUCUCAAAUAGAAUAAAGAUUCACCGUUAUUUAAGUAGUGGGGGCAAACUGUCAUAAUGUGAGAAAAACACUUAAAAAUGGCUCUACCGUCAGGAGUUGUGUAAAGCCAUCAAGUAGCAAUUUUACAAAUAAAAAUGUUCUGUACCUUAAUUUUUCAGUUUUUAUAUAUAUAUAUAUAUAUAUAUAUAUAUAUAUAUGUGUAUGUGUAUUUUUUUAUUUAUACCUUUCUUGGGAGCUGCUACAGAGAAUUUGAUAAUUAUGAACCAAUUACAAAAUGGUCAUCCCCACACUAAAAAGCAGGUUUUCUGCAAAUGGCAAAUGUGCUAUAGUUUGAAUAGAUUAAAUAUAUUUUUUAUACAUUACGGUUAACCAAUGAUAUUGUCUCUUUAAGAAUCCAUAAAAUAAUAUAAAACAUGGAAAACUAGCUCCAGGCAGUAUUUACAACUCCUUUUUAAAUAAUGUAUACGUUAAUCAAUAAAACAAAUACCUCUAAAUAUCUAACAUGCUUCCUCUGGCCUCCAUAUCUGAUGAAAAUGGCCUUCAAUCCUCGCACUUCCAUUUACUUGAGCGUGGAAAUUAGGAACCAUUUGUGUGUACAAUAUGACAUGCUCUGUAGUUUUCGUUGUAGAAAAACACUUUUGCGUAAUAUGCUUCCACCCUUAAAGGACAGACAAAAAUUGUUCGAAUAGUAUCGUGAGAUGUAAUGGCUACUCGUUUUUGUUUGUUUGUUUGUUUUUACAUGGUGCUGUCUCCGAUGCAUUCACAAACAUUCUGCGAGGAUCUACGUUUACGAUUUAUCCAUUUAUUUAUGAUUAUAAAAUCUUUUUCAGAUAUUGCAACAGGUGAACUUUAACAAGAGGCCGGGUCGGAUCAGCGUGAAGCCCAUCAACUUUGCGGUGAUCCUGAAAUUGUCUAACACCAACCUCCAGGAGAAAGUCUACAGGGUAACAUAUCAUUAGCUGCGCUAAAACCUGUACCCCGAUACCCACAGGGCUAUUCACUCAACCAGCAACUAACUAUGGAUUUGUCCAAAAUAGUACAACUGGAAAGAUUCUCAAAUUUGGCUUUUUUUUUUCGCUUGGAUAUCUUCGCCUAAAAUUUGUAAUUCCCUUGUCCAUUUCCAGUUUAACCAAUAACCAGCCUAUGGUGUUAAUUUUUUGAUACGCUUUAUGUGUAGGUAAAACACAGCAGAUUUCUGCCUGGUAUUAAAUGAAAACAAUCUACUUUCUCCUGUAUUCUUUGUCCUGUGCCUUGAAAAUUACUCUCCUAUCACCCAAGAUUACCUUGGUGGAACAUCAGCUACAUUUCCAUCAAUGCUGUACAGCGGUGUUAAUUUUGGCGGCAAAUUUCGUUUUAGUCAUAUUCUUUUGACUAAAAAGCUAUUUUUGUUUUAGUCGUAUUGUAAGCAUCAGAAAUGUUUUAGUUUUAGUCGACUAAAUCUCCAGUAGAUCUGUCUUUUUUCCUUCCCCGGCCCCUCUGUCUCUUUGUGUCCUCCCAGGCCCUCUAGGUGUCUCUCUCCCAAGCCCUGGUCUGUCUCUUUUGCCCCUUCCACAGCCCCUCUAUGCAGUGUCAAUUUUGGCAGCAAAUUUUAAUUUAGUUUUAGUCAGUCUUUUGACUAAAAUGCCAUUUUAACUUUUAGUCGCAUUUUAGCCACCUGAAUUUUUUUAGUUUUAGUACACUAAAUCAAUAAAUUUUAGUCAAAUAACAUUUGACUAAAAUUAUUAAUCGACAAAAUUAACACUGUGGCUUAUUGGCAUCCACGGAACUCACAAGAGUUGCACAUUGUAGUGGUCCAUUACCAUUUCACAAAAACAUUAAUUUGGUGUCACUUGCUGUCACUAUCUUCUUCUGGAAUGAUUUUAUAGCAAAAGAACCGUAUACUGUUAAAGUUACAUCUUCAUAUCAGCUUUAGAAGCAAUGCUGGUUCAGAUAGUAAUUGUUGUGCCUUAUUUUGUUGGCAAAUUGAUGAUUGCCCCCACUAUCCGUUAUUGAGGUGCAGGAGGGCGUGAUUGGGAUUUUCUUUAGUCAUGUGAUUUAUUUAUCAAUUUGCAUAUUCUUUUAUUUACUGGAUAUAUCACUGAUUCACACUCUGGUUUCUUUCACUUUGUAGGACGGACUCAUUGAACAGAUUUAUGACCAGAUUUUAGAAUAUCUGUACGGCCAGGCUCACUACAUAGGUUUCCCAGAACUGGUUCUUCCAUGCAUUCUCCAGGUAAUAAAAUCUGACUGAUGAUAAUUCUCGCUUUGUGUUUUAUUCUUUAAAGGAGCACUAUAGGGUGAGGAACCCAAACAUGUAUUCCUGACCCUGUAGGGUUACAACCACCAUCUAGUCCCCCUGGGCCCCUCAUGCCUCCAUAAAUAUAGUAAAAUCUUACUUGUAUUCAAGUGUGCAGCAGCAUACUUUGUCCCUGUUUCCUUUAGAUCUGCCCACUGCCUGCUGACAUCAUCAGAAGUGGUAGCCUGAUCCAAUCACAAUGCGUCCCCAUAGGAUUGGCUGAGACUGACAAAGAGGCAGAUCAGGGACAGAGCCAGCAUGCUUCAAACACAGCCCUGGCCAAUCAGCAUCUCCUCAUAGAGAUGAAUUGAAUCAAUGAAUCUCUGUGAGGAAAGUUCAGUGUCUGCAUGCAGAGGGAGGAGACACUGAAUGUUUGGAUGCAUUUUAGGCAGCCAUGACCCAGGAAGGAUCUCUAACAGCUAUCUAAGGAGUGGCCAGUGAAGUUAUCACUAGGCUGUAAUGUAAACACGGCAUUUUCUCUGAAAAGACAGUGUUUACAGCAAAAAGCCUAAAGGUAAUGAUUCUACUCACCAGAACAAAUUCAAUAAGCUGUAGUUGUUCUGGUGACUUUAGUGUCCCUUUAACAAUUCUUGCAAUGCACUGUCCCCUAGUGUCACCUCCAGACACUACUUUUGAAAGUCUGUUUCUCUUUUUUAUAAUGUAAGCGAUUAAAAUAUUGAGACAUUAACAUCUCCUUGUGCCAUAAAUAUAUCAUUUACCAUGAAAAUAAAUGGUUUACUUUUUUUUUUUUUAUUAUUUGCACUUAAAGGGACAGUAUAGUCACCAGAACAACUACUGUUUAGUGUAGUUGUUCAGGUGGGUAUCAUUAGUUUCCCUGCUGGUUUUUUGUUGUAAAUACUGUCUUUUCAGAGAAAAGGUAGUGUUUACAUAACCACUUAGGGACACACCCAGUGGCCACUGCUCAGAUGGCUACUAGAGGUGCUUCCUGAUGCAGUGCUGCACAGUGUGCAAAACUGAUGUUCAGAGUCUCAAUGCUCUGCAUGGAAAUGCUGAACUUUCCUCAUAGAGAUGCAUUUAUUCAAUACAUUUCUAUGAGGAGAUGCUGAUUUUCCAGGGCAGCGUUUGGGCACUCGCCUGGCCCUGAUUAUUCUCUGGCAGUAAAAUAGUUUAUUUUGUUCCUCCUCUUGAUCCUAAUAGACAGAGGAUUGCAGACACCGUACAUCUCUCCUGUGCUAGAGAAUUUUGUGUGUUGCCUCCUGUCUGAGAUUUCACUUGGAGAGGGCCCCUGAUUAAAUCUCUCUAUCCAGCUGGCAGGAGUUCACAGGCCGAGCUGUCAUAUGCAAUCUCUGCCCAGCAGUGCCUGUAUGUAAAAAGACAGAGCUUUCAUCGCCUGGGAUAGAUUCUAUACAACACAGACCGCAUUUCCAGCCCUGCUGUACUAGCAUCAUCCUCAGAACAGUUUUAAUCUUUGGCUUACUUGUAGGGUACCAGGAGACUGGUUUGUGUGCAGGAGGAUAAUGGGGGUUAGGCAUGAAUGAGAUUGGUUAGACAUCUCCCCAGAUAUGUCUGUUUAUUUCUUGCCUGUCUUUUAGUCCAAAAAGUCUGACCGUAUAAUCCUGCCAUCAUUUAAAGAGACACAACUUUUAAAGAGAUUAUAUAAUACAUUUCUGCAAUGUUUGUGGAAAAAAUACAUUUAUUUUCCAAGAUGCCAUUUUAUACAAUGAUCAACAAUAACAUUAAAACCACUGACUGGUUAAGUGAAUAACAUCAUUACAGCGGCACCUGUUAAGGGUUGGGAUAUAUUAGGCAGCAAGUGAACAGUCAGUUCUUGAAUUCCAUGUGUUGGAAUGGGCAAGUGAAAAGAUCCGAGUGGCUUUGACAAAGGCCAAAUAGUGAUCUGACUUGGAACAUCUCCAAAACGGCAAGUCUUGUGGGGUGUUCCCGGUAUGCAGGACUCAGUACCCACAAAAAGUGGUGGUUGGAAGUAAAACUGGUGAUCUGGCCUCAAGGUCAUGGGAGCCCAAGGCUCAGUGAUGCACAUGGGAGUAAAGACCACCCUUUCUGGUUCAGUCACACAGAAGAGCUUCUGUAGCUCAAAUAGCUGAAAAACCCUAAUGCUGGCCAUGAUAAAAAGGUGUCAGGGCAUCUCAGUACUGUGCGUAUGGUGCUGCAUAACCCAGACCGGUCAGAAUGCCCACGAUGACCCCUUUCCAUCGCCAAAAGUGCCUUCAAUGGGAAUGUGAGCAUCAGAACUGGACCGUGGAGCAAUAGAAGGUUGCCUGGUCUGAUGAAUCACGGUUUCUUUUAGAUCAGGUGGAUGGCUGGGUGUGUGCGUCCUUUACCUGGGGAAGAGUUGGCAGCAGGAUGCACUAUGGGAAGAAGGCAGGCCGGCAAAGGCAGUGUUAUGCUUGGGACAAUGUUCUACUGAGAAACAUUGGGUCCUGGCAUUCCUGCGGAUGUUUCUUUGAUACAUACCACUACCUAGAGAUUGUUGAAGUGAUUUUUUUUUUUUUUAAACAACUUACUCUACGAAGGUGCCAGGGCACUCCUGGCACCAUGACCACUAUAUUGGAUUGCAGUGGUUAUGGUGCUGAGUUUCAUUUUAUACACCUAACAUAUUAAAUGUAGAUAAAAUGUGAAAGUAAUGUUAAAAACCCUGGGAAGAGACCUUUUUAAGGGUUGGGUAAAGGCUUUUGCCUAUUGGCUUGUUUACAACAAAUUGGAGUCGCUUGGCAAGUUGAAUGAAGAGCAUUCUGGGAGGUUUAGCCAAGCAUUCUCUCAAGCUAUCGUUUCUUUCCACCUCAUACAGGAACACGACCUGGUGUAUGUUUGCACAAAACUUGCUGUAAGCCAGCUGAGUGUUGUGGGAGUUGUCUGCUAUAAAGUGGAAAGUUGCUCAGCCUUGUUAUGAAAGAGCGUGUGUCACUGUCAGCGUCUCUUCUUGCUAAUCACAGGCUGGUUUGGCUCCUGACUCCCGGGUGAAGUUCGUUCUCACUCUCUCUCUGUGUGUGACAUACUCUGUUCUCCCCCAUGCUGAGAGAGAAAGCGAGGCAGCAGAGUUGUUUUGGCAGACUGCAAUUCCCAGCUCCGGAGCAGCUUACAGUUAUUACUUGCUUCCAUUAACCCUGUACGUGGGAGAACAUUCGCAGAUCGCAGGCAGCCGCUGCUUUCUGUGUCUCCAUUCAGGAGCGCUGGGGUUACAGGCAGGGUUUUGGAUGAUUGUCAAAGAUCUGUUUUCUUGUUGGAAGGCAGCAAGUGCUCACAGUUAUUCUAUUUUGAGCCCGCAGCUGCGAGGGAUUCAGGAUGUUUUAGUAACUGCAGGUCAUUCAUUCCAUUUUAAUUAUGGUGCCGUUCGCUGAACAACAAAUUCUACUUUCUCACUUCCACAAGACGCCUUGUUUUUUUUAUAGCGUCCCUUAUGCCCUCUUUCUCAGUACCAUAUUGGUUUUCGUAAUCCCACUAUAUCCUGUAGCUUGUGAAAGUAACUAUACAGUGCUGGAUGUGGCCCUCUGAUUACAUUCCCUGGGCCGUGUGUAUGUGAGUGUCGAUACAAAGUAUAGAAUUUGUACUUUGCCUGCGCAGACCAGGGAGUUCUGCGCCCCUGCCUGAUCAUGGAAAGCUGGGCCUUCACUUUCAUUCGCUGCUCUGUGUUUUAGUAAUCGGAACGCCGCAAUUGGAAAUAGGAUAGACACAUUACACGGUCCAGAGGGAACCAGAUGUAGCAGGCUGUAGGUCAUACACAGACAGGCUGGGCUGCCGCGUAUAUAAAGCUGACGUUAGCAUGGAAAUUUAGAAACUUGCAUCCUGCAACCUACCUCUUCUCAUGCGUCAUCCAUUAGACCACACGUUGACACAUAGGAGACCCCCUGGCUGUCUGCGGCUCAGGGCUCUGUAAGCCGCUUCCCUCCCUGAUCCCUGCCCGAUCCCAGAUGUGUGUACACGCCACUCCAGGAGGAUAGUUGGGAACAGGGCCCACAGUCGGCUGCCAGAGGGGGUUUCUCUCAGCACGACUGCAGAUGUGCAAACAGCCGCUCUGAGCUUUGUGGUGCUGCGGCCUCGGGGUUUGUGUACAAAGGCGGGGGCUUUGUGGGGGGAAUUGCUCAAGAGGCCAAGGAUUAGCAGCACAUUUUCUUGCUCUCUUACAUUUUUUUUUUUUUUUUAACAUCACAUCGUUAUUGGGCUCCCAUACAAAAAAAAGUAUUUAAGUCGCUCAUUUUAGUCUACAGUGAACCUCAAGUUAGUAAUUGGUUAAAGGAGUUCGCUUGGAAAAAGUCAUGAUCAAUAAAGAUUCACAGAAGACAUAUUUGCAACACGGUUUUAUCAAGGUGAAAACAGGUUCUAUUCAGGAGCAAAGGGCUAAAUAAAGAGGAAUCACUGUGGAAAACCGUAAAAUGUGGUUCAGCGUUUAGUUCCCAAAAUAGAACCUGUUUAAUUCUCAAAGUGGUGCAGUAACCAUGGAAACCAAUUGAAUGUAUCAAGUGAUUACUAAACCAUUAGAAUUUUGCUUUAAAAAAAUCCUCUUGAUACCCUCCCCCAUUGUACAAACACCUGUUACCUAGUAUGCCUCGUUAAUGGGUUAACUCUAGCUUUAUUAGAGAGAGGGGUUAUUAACAUAUUCCUUAUAUAGGUGUGUUAUUUUCAUAAUUAGUUCACAUUAUGAGAAGAGGUCCAGUGUACAAUUCAUUACUGUGACAUAUAUUGGCAAACCUCAAGAGAGAUGUGUUUUUUGUUUUUUUUUAAUUUUGUUCUUUUGCCCUUGCAGCUGAAAUCUUUUCUGAAGGAAUGUAAAGUUUCCAAUUACUGCAAGCCGAUGCGCCAACUGCUGGAGAAAAUCCAAGAGAACUCAGCCUACAUCACCAGCAAGAGGCAGAAGUGCGCCUUUGGGGUGUCUGACAAGGCGGCCGUGGUGAGUACACCUCCAGUCCUUGGCAGACGCUAGAUCAGCCCAGCUCAAGGAAGCAGGCUGAAGGGUCAGUGUUGGGACCCAUAGGGUCCCAGUAAUGAUGGGAGUGAGCGCAGGACUUCUCUUUUUGUAUUUGAAUUUACUUUGUAUCACACAGCCUUGUUACAAUACUGCCGCCCAUCCCAUGUGUUCCCUGUUAAGGAUUAAUAAGUAUAUAGGGGUGUAUAUAAAAAAUACCCUUCUCUGUCUCAUUAGAGAUAUAUCUUUGCCAGAAGCUCAAGGAAGCAGGCUGAAGGGUCAGUGUUAGGACCCGCUUAGGGGGGUCUGCCUUUACGUUGGCAGGCGGGCAUUCCCUCCAAUGGCCAUUGGAGCAACUGAAUGACCUCCAUUUGUCUAAAUAUCCAUAGGGAUUAAGGAGAGACCGCAGGUAACUUUCUUUUCUUUGGUUUUUGCUAGAUCAGCCUGCCUUAACAUUCUAACCAUUUUCCUGCUGGACUUGACUACACCCAGAAUCCUUUGCAGCAGCACCAUACACUACGAUCCGAUGCCUGGUGUAAUAGUGAUGUUUUAGAAUAAAUGUGUGAUGCAUUUUUCCAUGAACAUGUGAUGAGCAUCAUACACAGUGUUCCAAGCACGAUAUAGUUUAUAUUUCACAGAACCUCAUCAUGCUUUUUCAGAAUAAGAUCUGAAAUGUGAGGUCAUGACACUGAUAGAGUAAAUGAAUAAAGCAUCUCUGCUACAAACCUAUAGUCUGUAUUUAGGUAUUAGUAAAUGCUUCUUUCCAAAUGUUAAUGAUUUGUUACCUGAACAGUUUUUCACGUCCUAGAUGGUUCCCCCUUUUUACACUGAAAGAAGAAGCAAAAAAAUCAUAUAACAGUGGGUCGUGUUAAAACGUACUUCUAACAACCAACACAUUCCUGAUAGAAACCAGACCAUGCAAAAUGUUUUGUUUAAAAUAUUACAGCUGCUAACUCUUUAUUCUUAUUUUUUACAAAAUUAACCCUUUAGCAGCUUGGUUGCAUUGCAAAUCAAGAACACUAGUGAGCUAUUGCCAUCACAUUUAGUUUGUCCUGGCAAUAGCCCUUUACUUGGUACUGAUCCCAAGGCCUAGUACAGUACUGGUACUAAUUGCUGAGUUUAGCUUAUUCUACAGAUACGGACUUAUCCACUAAAGUGUGAAUUGCUAGAAAUCCAAAGAAUUUAAAAUUUUAGGCCACAUUUGCUGAACUACAAAUCUAACAAACUUGGAGAAUUUGCAGGUUCGGUAUUUUUGGACUAACAUUUUGAAAAUCACUUUGAAUUCCUGACAAUACAUAGUUUAGUAAAUACCGUUGACUGUAGUUGGCCUGUACAACUGUUUUGAAAACUUGUAGCAGCUCAAUACACCCUGCUUUUUAGACGGCUACUGCACUCACUGAGUUCAUAGCCAUGGCAACACUUUCUGAACUGGCAAAUACUCUACAAUAUACCUAAUGAUCUAAUAAUAUCUAAUGUUCCCCUAUGCUUUGUUUUGCUAACUGAUUGGAAACUACAGCUGGUUAGUUGUCAGUAAUUUUAUUAAUAUUGAGCCUAUAAAUUAUAAUCAAAAUUAUAUAAAAUAUACAAUAUGUUGGAAAUAGUGAAUAUUCGGUGCUCUUAACACCUGUGUGGAUCACUCAACACACACAAAUAUAGUGUAACAAAGUGCAAAUAGAAAAAGUGGUGAGGGCACUCAAUAUAAAUAAAACAUUUUUACCAAUAUUGUCAUAGACAUAUACCUAAAAAAUGUAAAAAUAAAAGACCAUAGGGUAAUAUAGUUUGCACUUAUAUGUGAGUUUGACCAUUUAUUUGUGGUUUUAAUAUAAGUGCAAACUAUAUUACCCUAUGGUCUUUUAUUUUUAUAUUUUUUAGGUAUAUGUCUAUGACAAUAUUGGUAAAAAUGUUUUAUUUAUAUUGAGUGCUCUCACCACUUUUUCCAUUUAUUUGCACUUUAUAACCAAAAUUAGUUUGGACUGAAACAGACAGAGUAGAUGAUGUGGGCUGUUUCAACAAGCUUACAUUCUAAAGAAUCACAGUGACAUUGCACAUGGUUUCAUAGAGUGGGAGUGCGAUUACAUCUUUGAGAUAGGUGAGUUGAUAUUAAAUUGGAAUCCUUACAAUGUAGCAUUACAAAGAAUGAUCUGUGACACAAUGAACAGAAGGCACGUUCGGCGUUGUGAAACUUGCCAUGUGGUUUAGGACAUGACAGAGACGUACUGUUUUUGUUUUGUUUUUUUUGUGUGGGGGGGGGCGGGGUUUCUCCCUCUUUCCCCCUCUUUCCCCCUCUUUCCCCAUGCACAUAAACAGGGUGCACUGAGUGGAACACGAGUCUGACCUUUUUAUCCUAUGAAAGGCAGUAACUGUCAUCUGACCCCCUCCUCGUUCCCCCUUAUUGCCGGAAAGACCUCCCCUGUAUUGCUCUGCAGUACAUUGCAGCCACCUCUGGCUCCAGAGGGAACAGAUAAAUCUUGGUAAUUAGCAUUGUGUUGUUUGCUGGCUGACGGAGCUUGAUCUCCUCUGCAACCCUAGAACAGCACGCAAGGAUGUAAUGCCUUCAUAAAUAUUUUAAUGGCAGACUGCUGGUAAUAUAAAUCAGGGGGCCGGGAGUGCCAGGAGCACUCCACAGACACUCUGGCACCACCUCGCAGGGACAGAAGCAAUCUGAAAGUGUCGGAUCAGAGACGCCCGUGUGCUGUGGUCUCUGCAGCACUAUGAGGCAUUGCGCUGGGAUUGCAGGUGGUGCCACCAUGUUAGGAAGAUACGCCUGGAUCUAGGGGGGGGAAAAAGAGGGCAUUGGGGGUCUCUUAAAUUACAGGCCCCAAAUUAGGUCAUUGUUAACGGUCAGCACGCCAGAGUGUUGUGUAGUGAAUAGCUUAUAAAUGUGGCUAUUAAAAUACCGAUUAGUAUAUUGUAUUUUGGACUUAUGUCUUAAUUGUUUUUGUUUUUUACUUCUUCAUGAAAUGGAUAAGGAAAAUGCAUUCUACAGGGACAUAGUCACGGUGCUGUUUUGUUAUUAAGGGGUUAAAUACAUCUGUUUGACAUGGAUUUGUUUCAAUAAACCUAACUGAAUUUUUUUUACUUUUUCCCUGAUGAAUGUACCACCUGUGGAUACUACUAAACCUAAAGCCAUAGCCAACCUCGCAUUGCUGUCCAACCCUGCUAAUGGUUGGCUGCACAGUAAAAUAACACUAAAUAUACAUUUAUUGGGUAGGGGGGAUCAGGAUUCUAAACUCAGCCCAAUAAAGAUCAAAACGUUAUGUUUGUGCACACAUACAAAAUAUAGGAAAUAUGAGCUUCAUACGAAGGGUUAAUGUGAUGAUAGUGUUUUAAAUCAAUUAAAUGCAAACCCUAUUGCCAUUUACUAGGUUAUCAUUUGAAUGAAAGAUUCCCAUUAAUAAAUUAACUCAUUGAGUACUAGACUGGUGAGACUCCUGUCUUUUUACCAGGAAAACCAUGUGAUGAUGAUGCUUCCGAUAUCUAAAAGAAAUCAUGUCCUCAGAUUGUCUAAAUUCCUGAAAUUUCCCAUAAACCAUAUGAUUUAAUUUUCAUGAUCUUUUAAUGAGGUGAUGCUGAAGCAUGCAGAGGUACGUGUAACUAUCUAAAAGGGGGACACUGAGGACAAAUGGGUUCUACUUUAAGGUUUGCCCUUUGUGUAUGUUUGUUUUUUGUUUUUUAAAGUAGUUUAGGAGUUUUCUUUAACCAUACAAGGUUAAAAUGUAUGAUGCCAUCGUUGUGCUGGUUUUUUGCUCAUCAAAGAACUCUGAAGCCAUCUCACAAUGUAAAUUGUGUUCCAGAGAUGUUCUCCUUGAGAUGUUUAUUGUCUGUUUCUCUACGCACUGUCAGUGUUUAAUUGCUUGUGCAUUCGAUGUACCUCUUCCUCAACGUUCUGUCUUAUGUCACAUGAAAUGUCUACCCAGAGGUGAACAUCUUACCUGGUGGAAAUCCGGAACUUUGUCUUCUGGUGACGUCAAAUACACCAGUGGGGGAUUACCGAAUAAUCACACAAAGGACUAAAAGCUCCCCAGGGAUUUAAUUAUCACAGAGUAAUUGCACACAGUUUUUAAAUGGUUUUCCUCCAGUGCAGUGUGCGUUUUUUUCGGGAGGAGGUAAAUGUGAGCAAAGGGAAACUCAGGCUCUUUCCAAGUCAAAUGGUUGUUGUAUUUUUACGUAUAACCCCUGAUAAUUGUGAAAGAAAAAUAAUUUGGUACAAGCAGUAGGUACGUUGAUGACCGUGAUCUUUGUGACGAGCAACAAAGCCUGGUUCAUUUCUUGGCUCUUUAGAACAUUACUGCUUCCGGACCUCCGUUUUCAAAAUGUAUUUAUUAUUAAUUUAAUUUUUUUAAUGGCCUGUCACUCAUUUUGCCUGAAAAAGUACUUUGUGCGUCAUUCACUACAGCACAGGCGCUAUUCAUGAUUGUAGAUGUUAUAUCAUGAAUUUGUAGGCGAGGGAAGUUUGUUGGGGUGGGCAGGGGGGAGAAGACGAUUUCCUUUUCAAAAGUCUGACAUGAAAAUAUUACAAUUCAUUUUCCACAAGACUUGGUCUUAAAGAUCCCCUUGGAUUGUUUACAGUAGCACCCUGGCAGCACACGUGUCUGCCGGAUCAGCCGAGAUCCGCUAACCGGCUCCCAAACUGUCACAACCCACCUCCAAAGGGAAGCUCAGGCUCACUCCACGUCAAAUUAGAAUUUAAGCAAGGUAUUCUGGCAGAGAGUAUCGGCACAAUCCUUCUAGGGAGACAAAGGCAAAUUAAUACCAACCACUGCAGAAUAUGAACUUCUAUUUCUGCAUUUAGAUUUGAACCCAAAUAAACCAAAAUAUCACUAUGUUGCUUUGCACAGUUACACAUCUGUUGACCGAGCAAAGUUCCUUAUGUUAUUUAAAGAGCUCAUCCAUUGGUAAGGAGCAAAAAAUGGAGUUAAGAUAAAGUCCAACUGCAGUUCCUCUCGUCAGGUCUGACCUGCGGUGGAUGUGCGUAGUGUAUACCACUUUACACGCAAAAUUAAAAACGUAUUCCUUUCACGACAGAGGGAGAAUGCAUUCCAUCUGCAGUAUGGGGGUUCACAGUGACAAGGGACCUCCAUGCACCAUAACCCGUCAAUGAACAUAUUUGUUCUUAGAGUGUUUGUGGUUUUUAGGUGUAACACCUAUGCUAUAGUGUUUAUUAGGAAUAAUAUACAAACUGAGGUCUCAUGACACCAAUGGGAACUGAAAAACUGCUUUUUAAAUUACAUAUUUUCUCCCUUCAUUCAGUUGCAGUGGGAGAAACAGAUAAAAGAUGACGGGACCCCCCUGGCCAAAUAUUAUGUCAGCUGGAAGAAGCUGCGUGAGAAGGAGAUUCAGCUGGAGAUCAGCGGCAAAGAGAGGGUAAGUGUGACCCCCCCCCCUUUCCCUCCCAAUAUAUAGACAAGUGCUUUACUGCACAGUAAAUGGGAAUUAACCCAUUCCUGGCAUUUCUCAUUCUACCAAGGUUCAGGAACUGGAGGGGCUAGCUCGACAAAUGAAGCCUGUUGGCAACUUCCAAAGUGUUCCGCGUGUUCUGAUCGCAUGUAAAGUGAUAUUAAAUCACACUAUCUUUGGGUAAAGAUUAUUUUGUAAACCGAAACGUUGCCAGUCCUGCAGCCGUGGGAUAAAGUGCCUGUUUAUUAAUGUUUCUCCUUGUUUCCCCCAUAUUCCCUAAACGUCAGUAAAAUGGGCUGGUGGGUGCAUAAUGUUACUGUGUGGAUGGGUGGGAUGUGAAGUUGACAUUGCUGGAGCUGGCCUUUGGGGGUUUGGUAAAGAGAUUCGGAUAUUUUAGCUUGUCAUAGGAGAUGGGUGAACUAGUGUAUGAAGUGUGCAUCUAAAGCCAUGUUCCAGGCCCCCCCUUAUCCAUUGUACCCAUACUGAUUUUCUGUAAACCUUCCUGUUUCGAUGUGUUGUGUUUUAUGUUUAUAUAUAUAUUUAUCCUCUGCUUUGUGGAUUGGCUUAGCAGUAGCUAAAAUUUAGGAUUGCAAAGCAAUCAUGCUUUAAAAAAAAAAUUAUUUUAAAAUUAUUUUUAUGUGGAUGGCGUUUCAAAUACCCUUUGUUUACUAGAUUUGCUGACACAAAGGGAUUCAUUUGCUUAGUAAUCACAGGAAAUUGUUAAUGUUUUGGGAUUUUUGUGAACUCAGAAUGAAUUGCUGUGGCAGUGUUUGCUGGUGAAAGGAAAAUCUCUGCUACGAAGGGCCCUGUCGCCCUAUGGAUCUCCGUUGUGGAGGAGUAGAGCGAUGGCGUGCAGGCCUGUCAGUCAGCUGUAGGAAUCUUUGCAAGCUUGUGAGUGAGCGCUGCUCCCAGAGGAACUCCGAGCUCGGCUGCAGCCCUGACACGAAUGUGUCAUGAGAUUCAAAUGAUUAUUUACAUAAUGCUAAUCCAUUGCAGGAGCUGCAGGCUCAAGAGAUUAAAGAAGCGUCAGGUUUGGCUGGGUUACUGUCUGAGUCCUAAUCCCCAGUAGGAGGCGCUGUGGCUCUCCCUACCUGCUUGGCUUCCUGAGAAAAAAGGAGAAUCUUUGUUUUUACUGAUAUUUUCCUGUCCUUGGUCUUUUGAAUGCUGGGGAUACUCACAAAGCCUUUGGUGUAAAGCUGCAGGGGGGCCGUUUUGUAAGUAGCGGAUGAGAAAUACGGAUGAAAGAGACAGGGCUGUAGAAGACUAGUUCGCUUUAUAGCGCACUGGCCUUAGUGAUAUUUAGACUAUCACCCCGAGAGCACUCAUGUAGAAAUAUCACAUCGGCACUGACUUCUGGAGACCUGACAAGGGGAUUGCAAGUUUGAGACCAAAUUAGCAAAUCCUCCAACUUUGGUAUCACACUAGCUUGACUGUUUGGGCAGAAAAUCUGCAGUUCACUUGAUGGCUCUCCAAAAUUUCCAUGUUGGUCAAUAAAAGCCCAAGGUUUUUAAAUUUUAUUUUUUAAGGUUAUCUCUAGAUGGCAUAGCACCUGUUAAUGUACAAAUCUUAAAAUUGUUCAGAUAUUGUACGGUAAAAUGUAACCGCAAGUCUCGUUUUUCUGGGAAAUGUUAAUUUUUUUGGAACUUAUUUUUUUGGACAUGUCCCAUAUAUUCAAUAUUUAGCAAGGACGCUGGUUAGGGUUGAGUCGUGUCAACAAAUCAAUCAUCUGCACAAGUUGCCGUUUCAUGAUGAGUAUCCUACAUAUAUAUUAGCUGGUACAAGUAAUAUUUCGGUGAUACAGUUUCUCGCAGUUUGGCUUGCUAAUUGUAUAGAGGAAUUCCUGUGUUUUCUCACAAUGCUGUAUCUACAGGUGCACUUUAAUGCAUAAACAUUGGUGUAAAAUUCGACGUAGAAGCAGGUAUGUCCAUAUAAUAUAAUAUAAUUUGAGUAAGCUUGGUGAUCCCGUGAAAGUUGAGGCAAUGUUACAUGUAUCAUAUGGGGCUAUUAUUAUUAUUAAUAUUAUUACUGGUAUUUAUGUAGCGCCAGCAUAUUCCGUAGCGUUUUACAAUAUUAUCAAAGGGGGAGAUUUAACAAUAAAUGAGACAGUUACAAAAACUUACAGGAACAAUAGGUUGAAGAGAACCCUGCUUAAACGUCUAUAGGCUAUGUUACCUCAUCCAUUGUAAAUAAUACAUAUAUUAUACAAAUAUCAUAAUUUAAUUAUGAAAGGAUAAUUUUUUGAAAGGAACAUUUGAGGCCACAUUGACCAUCUUCAUUUUUUUUAGUGCUUUGUGUAGAUGAUACAUUGUAAACCCUCAAUUCCCUCCCCUCUCACCCCCGAGAAAAUUGCUCAUUGCCAAUUGCAGAAGCGGUUAUGGAUGCUUAGAGCAUUCUCUUAAAGAUAUAUUUUUAUUUUUAUUUUAUUUUUUAUUCAUUUAAAAAAAAAAAAAAUAUAUAUAUAUAUAUAUAUAUAUACACAAAUACUGUAGAGGCAGAAAAGCUGAUAAAACCUUUUGAAAGUUAUCACUUUGAGCUCCAGUUAUAAGAGGGUUAAUAUGGAUCUGCUGAACUCUGAAAUGUGGGAUAAAGAGGAGACAAUAUAAUUCCCUUCCUUUUCCCUGAAUUACUAGGUGUUCGUGCAAGUGAGUCAGUAUGUUUGUGUGUGUGUCCAGGUAAAUGUGACGGCUGUCUGCUGUGUCUGCUCGUGUGUGUGUCUCCGUGUGUGUGUGUGUGAGAGAGCUUUUGGCUCUCGUCAGUGCUAAUAAUUACAGCGCUAAGCAUUUUUCCAGGAGCUUCUAACAGCCUCUAAUGAUGCCGCUGUGGAAGGGUGGCAGCAGUCGUUAGCUCCUUCAUUAGGAGCAUCAGAUUAACGAGCAGAGGCCUCGGCUACUUCAAUAACAGAAAAAAAUUGAGGAAAUAAAAAAUGCCAGAUUGGGAGUCUCUUGCUAGUUUCCUGUUAUCUCAUUAUCGCUUGCUUAUUAACAAGGGGCACAAAUUACCUGCUGCUGCAAAAAAAGCGGCUGAUGACUGACACCAGCAACUUUUAUAACGGACAGGUUACUCAAACCCCCCAUUCAAUGUAAAUGUUGACAUUAUAUGAUCCGAUUUGCAUCUGCACCAAGUCAUUGAUCCAGUUAGACCCUCACCCGUGUUCUAUCAGCCAUUUGUUGACACGGAAACAUAGAAUGGUCAGUCACACGCUGGCGGACCUUGUCCAACGUGUUGGGACCACUUAAUGAUUUCUUCUCAUUUCUUCUGGUUCAGAUUCAUGUCAGUGAUGUCGUCCACAAAUCUGACUGUGUGUUCCGUUCACACAAAACCAAAAUGCCACACUAAUGCCCACCAUAGCAUCAUUCAUGUUGGCCUCUAGUGCAUCAGGCUUGAAGGCCAAGAAUGACUCUACUAGCAGGUUAUCCAGGGGUGACUUUGUCAGAGUUUAAACAAGUAAGAAAGUGACAGACCUUGUUCUUGUGAUUGCGUCAGUUCUGUACUAUUAUAACCUCAGGAGUAUCGUGUGUCCGUGUUUGGGGGUAGCGGAAACUGUAAAGAUAGUCACUCGUACACUUGCUUUUUCUGUAAGCAGAUAUAUGUGGCCUUUGAAUUUGUCCGUUUUCCAAUUCAUCGUCAGAGUUAUUUACCAAAAUGAGAUUUCAAAGGGAACUUUCAAAUAUCCGUAUUGGAAGUGUCUAUGUCCGCAAUGCUAUCAGUUCGGCUACUUGGGCCUAAAAUGUGAAAUUCUCACUUUGAUGAAUGACCCUGCAUAUUUCUAUUUGUUCUUUGCCUCCUGUUCCCUAUUUCUGUGCAUUUUUAAUGGUGUCCCCUUGUUUCCUUCUCCCCCCGUUUAAGAUGGAAGACUUAAACCUCCCAGAGAUUAAGAGGAGGAAACUGGAGAAGAAGGAUGACGAUAAGCGAGAAUUUAAAGAACUGUUUGACUCUGACAGUGAGUCGGACAGCGGCGGUGGAGGCUUAUCACUGAAAGGUACGUAAUGUAUUUUAAGGGCAGCGUGUUCUCGCCACCUGACAGGAGUGACAUACAGGGUAGCAGCGCCUAUGAAAUGGAAACACACAGCUGUGUCGUCUUUAUUAACAACUUCAUUGCUGAAGGGCAGGUUCAUCGUUUCAGAUUCCAACUUAAUGCCAGAAUUCUAAAGAUAUAAACUGCAGUAAUACUUGUGAAGUCUGCCAACUUAGCGUUGUUGGCUACAGAAGGAUGGAAACGCAUCUCAUAGAACAGACCUGAGCACAAAGCUCAAGUAAGUUUAAAUUAAUACGGGGGUGGUGAUGGUAAGUCCCCAGCUUUGGAGAAACUACAACUCCCAUGAUGCUAUUCUUUAAUGUAUGCAGUGAAUGAUCAUUAUUGCGUUUUUAUAUCUGAACCAGAUAUUUUGAUGCUGAUUUGUGGAAAGGUUCACUUUAAGCCUAGAAUUAAGAAGCUUUGCUCGCGUUUUAUGUUUACCCAGUAAUAUUGAUGUGAAGAUGCCUGUUUCGUUUGGCAGGAGGUCUUCCUGUUCGCAGUUUCCAAUGCUCUGCGUGUAAUUGCUGCCGCAGACUGUCAUUGUUCUUUGGGGUUGAUGAGCCUUUAAUUAGCCCUGAAGGAAAGCGUUUUGGGCAGCGCGUUCUUUAGAGCUUGUUAUUGUAACUGUUCCAAGGCGUUUGGACCCUAAUUUGAAAAGCAAUUAGACCAAAAUGAAUACGGUUCUUAAAGGAUUCCUGUUUUAAAUUUUUUUUAAAAAAAUUCAGUAUUCGCUGAGUCUUCAUUAGUUGAUAUUGCCUUGUCGCUCUCUAAAUAUGUUUUAAAAGAUUGGAUAAGUCACAGACAGUGCACACUUUCUUGUGGAAUAUCCAGUGAUUUAGUAACAAUGACGGUUUGAGUACUUUCAGUGGUUCUGGAUUAUUUAUGUUGCAGCAUAAUACUGUAGUAACAUUCCCCAAGUCCUCUCAAAUUGAAAGUUUCGUUGUGUUUAACGGUUACUGAAUUCUGGUUUUACAGUGCUAGUCUGUCUUGAUACCCCGCCCUCUCCCCCCUCACAGCAUAUAUCAACCUAAACAGGGGGCCACCACCAGGAACUUGUAUGCACAGAAUAGAUACAACAAAAUUCGUUCAUCUCUCCCAAUAUUUACUUUAGGAACCUGUGCAUCAGCCCCAAAGUAACCUUUCAAGUCACAUUGUGGGUGACAGCAGCCCUUAAAAGUUAGGUGACGAGGACAUCAGGUAGAUGGAAGCAUCCUAUGGGCUGGUACCUUGAUGCAUUGCUGCUGUUACCAAUGUAACAUGCAGCCACUCACUCAUAUAUUACCAUUGUAACAUGCAGCCACACACUCAUAUAUUACCAAUGUAACAUGCAGCCACACACUCAUAUAUUACCAAUGUAACAUGCAGCCACACACUCAUAUAUUACCAAUGUAACAUGCAGCCACACACUCAUAUAUUACCAAUGUAACAUGCAGCCACACACUCAUAUAUUACCAAUGUAACAUGCAGCCACACACUCAUAUAUUACCAAUGUAACAUGCAGCCACACACUCAUAUAUUACCAAUGUAACAUGCAGCCACACACUCAUAUAUUACCAAUGUAACAUGCAGCCACACACUCAUAUAUUACCAAUGUAACAUGCAGCCACACACUCAUAUAUUACCAAUGUAACAUGCAGCCACACACUCAUAUAUUACCAAUGUAACAUGCAGCCACACACUCAUAUAUUACCAAUGUAACAUGCAGCCACACACUCGUAUAUUACCAAUGUUACAUGCAGCCCCUCACUCGUAUAUUACAAAUGUUACAUGCAGCCCCUCACUCGUAUAUUACAAAUGUUACAUGCAGCCCCUCACUCGUAUAUUACAAAUGUUACAUGCAGCCCCUCACUCGUAUAUUACAAAUGUUACAUGCAGCCCCUCACUCGUAUAUUACAAAUGUUACAUGCAGCCCCUCACUCAUAUAUUACCAAUAUAACAUGCAGCCACUCACUCAUAUAUUACCAAUAUAACAUGCAUUCACACAGUCGUAUAUUACCAAUAUAACAUGCAUUCACACAGUCGUAUAUUACCAAUAUAACAUCUAGCCACACAACAUACAUCCAAACUCUCAUAAAACACCACUAUAUAAUUUGGCUGCACACUCCUAUAAUACCAAAAUAACAUGUAGCCAAACACUUUUACAACACCCAUAUAACAUGCAGGCGUACACUCAUACAACACCUACAAAACAUGCAGGCGUACACUCAUACAACACCUACAAAACAUGCAGGCGUACACUCAUACAACACCCAUUAAACAUGCAGACGUGCACUCAUACAACACCCAUAUAACACCCACAUAACAUGCAGACGUACACUCAUACAACACCCAUAUAACACCCACAUAACAUGCAGACGUACAUUCAUACAACACCCAUAUAACAUGCAGACAUACAUUCAUACAACACCCAUAUAACAUGUAGACAUACAUUCAUACAACACCCAUAUAACAUGCAGACGUACACUCAUACAACACCCAUUAAACAUGUAGACGUGCACUCAUACAACACCCAUAUAACAUGCAGACGUACACUCAUACAACACCCAUUAAACAUGCAGACGUGCACUCAUACAACACCCACAUAACAUGCAGACGUACACUCAUAUAACACCCACAUAACAUGCAGACGUACACUCAUACAACACCCAUAUAACACCCACAUAACAUGCAGACAUACAUUCAUACAACACCCAUAUAACAUGCAGACGUACACUCGUACAACACCCAUUAAACAUGCAGACGUACACUCAUACAACACCCAUAUAACACCCACAUAACAUGCAGACGUACAUUCAUACAACACCCAUAUAACAUGCAGACGUACAUUCAUACAACACCCAUAUAACAUGCAGACGUGCACUCAUACAACACCCACAUAACAUGCAGACGUACACUCAUACAACACCCAUAUAACAUGCAGGCGUACACUCAUACAACACCCAUAUAAUAUGCAGAUGCUUGCUCAUACAAUACCUAUCAUAUAACAUGUGGACGCACACUCCUACAUCCAUCUAUCCAUCACAUAACACUCCUCUAUUAUCAAUAUAACAUGCAGGCACACACUUAUAAAACACUCACAUAAUAUGCAGAACUGUUCGGUCCAUAUAAUAUGCAGCCCUAACAUGAAAUACAUGUGCACAUUUUGCCUGCUAUUAUUAUUAUUAUCAUGGCUAGAAAAAGAAUGACAUGUUACUCUGAUAUUAUUUUGAUUAAACCAAAGUGGAAGGUUGGAAAUUCUUAAUCUUAACUAGAAUUACUUUAGGGAGGUAUGGGAAAGCAUAAAGCAAACGUUAAACGUUAAUUGCCUAUCUGUACGUUGUGUGGAGCGCUAUACUUAUGCUUGUCCCUAUGUAAACGUUUCAUGCCCCUGAUAUGUGCUGUACAGUCAAACAUUUCUUUCUCUGCUGCUCUGAUAUUGAAACUGUUGCUUAUCGCCUCAAUAAAACUCACAGCUUCUUUUUAUUCAUACCCCUCAUCCAUCCAUUCUCGCUUGUUUAUAAGCAGUGGGACGCUCCCACCUCCCUCGGGUAUCACACAUCCUGUGUUGCAUCGUUAGAGCAUUUAGACUUAGCAUGAUAGUUGAUUUUAUUCCCUCCCUUUUCACCCCUGCAAAAAGCAUUUACUUUCCUAAGCUGCCUGCAGAUUGUUCUCUGGGGAGGCAGAGGAGGUCUCCCAUCUGGUGGGACAGAUCUAAGGUUGAGACCUCCGUGAGUUCUACACAGCAAGCCCCCCCACGCACACCAACCUUUCCUCCCUGCCAGAAAUCUGUUUUUAAUUCUGCUGUACAGGCCGUACAGACCCCUGUGACCGCAGGUGGACCUUUUCCUUUUGUAGCUUACGGAACCUUCAGUGGGGAAGACUUGUAAUUUGAACCAGCUGACUGUAAGAGUCUGGAACGGGCUGACGAGGAGACAGCCUGCAUGUGUUCUUCUCUAAGCCUCAUUUUAUCCCUAAAUAUCUAGCGACCUAUUGCAGAACAACCACAGCAUUAAAAAAUGGCUUAGCCGUGUAAAAAUAUACUGGACGUGCCGCUUCUCUGAUCUUCUCCUGAAACCAUGAGCCAGCAGCAGAGUUGUAGGAGUUGUUCUUUAAACAGCCCAACAAAUCUCGCAGCAAGGCAAUCUUGAUAUAUAAUAAACUGGAUCUGACCAUACCUUCAGCUACAGUUUAUUUUAAACCAAGUAUUUUCGUUGUUAAACAUAGUGAUUGCAUGACUGUUAGAACUUUAAUAUGCCAGAGCGGUAUAUGAGAAAACCUGGACAACGUAUUGUUCGUCCCUCUGGCACAGAAAGGGUUACAGUUAAUUACAUGCUAUGAAUUAAAGCUGCUAUUUAUCUUUUAUACUGUGGCAGAAAGUGAGAUUGCUGGAGAGCAAUUAUCAAAAUUGCCAGAAUUGUCAAAGGCUGAGAGUUGUAGGUGUGGAGCGGAGCCAGCAGACAAAUUCAUGGCCGAACUUUGGCUCUAAAUUUAUUGAAGAUUGUGUCUCAUGAUACUCAGCCACAACAGCUGCAGUGCCAGGAAUCAGCGAUUACUUAUAUAGGCCGACAGUCAUUCCCUACAAUGGGAUCUUUCAGCAGUCUGCAUGUAAAAUUGGACGGAGGUGUGUUUGUAGCAACUUUCGAAUGGACUAAUAUGGCAUUUGGGGGAGAGGGAGAGGGGAUCAACGUUUGUUAUGUAAAGGCCAUUGGCAAUCAUAGGUGUUUGUUUCUGGAAGCAUUUAACAUCCCCUCCUGCAUUGCUUGUUGGCACUCAGAGAGUUAAGCCACAUUGGAGAUAGCAAGGAAACAUGCAAACUGAGCAAAAUGCACAAAUCUGACACACUGGCCGCACACCGAGCUCCGCUCCCCCUUCCCCAGCAAGCACAGAUGGGAAUAAAUAGGGCUGUGGAGCUGAGACAGAUCUAUACGUGAUGUGAUCAUAUAACAUCUCUUCCCCUGUUCUCCACGUUAGGGAUGGGAAGCUGGGCUGACAGAUCUGUGCUACAGCACAGAGUGCAGCCAGGGCUUAUUAAUGGCUCUUCCAACAGGGCCGGAUGUGCGCCUCAUCAGGUAAUUAGCAGAGAGGAGCGGGCAGCUGGAGUAUCGCUGAGAGCCUCUCUAAUGAGCACCGUGAGUGCUUGCCGGCGGCCCUCUAAUGGACGUUAGGGACCUCGCUCGUUACUCUGCUCACAAUCACCUCCAGAAGUGCAAAAUGGACUCUUUGGGUUUAUUUUCUCUGUUCUUUUCCUGAUUUAAACGAUGUUCUCUGUGCUCAGAUUCGUUUAAGCUGCUACUUUUCAAUGCGUCUCUUAUCUUUUCAGACGAUUAUAGACCCUCCUAGUACAUUCUCUGCCUUCCCCUUCUCUCUCUACCUUCCCUGAGCACCUUGCUGUCCCUUCAUUUCAUGUCUCCUGCCUGGUCCCCUGAGAUUUGUCAUGCUCUUUUGUCAAGUCACACUCCGGAUUGCUGUCAAGCAGACGUGACAAUAGCACACUGUAGAAUUCAUGUAACUGCCAGACUUCAGCGAAAAUAAGUCACUACAGCACGAGAGUUACCAAUGAAUACCCAGGGCUAGAGCAACAGUGUGUCUGCUAGUCUCCGAUAUCUUCGAGGAUUACACUGAGAGAGCCAUUAGGGAGAUGUGACACUCAUACAAUACAACAACAAAACCAUAAAAUUCUAUUUCUGUUUAUCAAACUCUGAUCAUGCCUAGAGUUGAGUAAUGUCUCAAUCCAUGUUAUCGAGCAGUUCCUUGUUACUGGAAAUGUUUAUAUAUUGCAUUGGAUGUGCUUUGAUGACGUUUUAUGAAUUAGGCUAGAAUCUAUAAAACAGAUGGAAAAAUGUGACACUUUUUUUCUUCUUGUCCUGCUUUCCGAAAUUUCUCAUUGACGUUGAUAUCAACGUUACUAAUUAUGUCCUCACUAUUGUACUAAAGUAAAAGCCACAAAAUUCUCAGAAUUGGGGAUCUUCAUAGGGGGAGCUUUAUUCUUUAUUAUCUGAUGCUAUCGAGGAUGUCUUGGGUGGCACAUGCCAUUCUGCAGUACCCACCUCCGUGAAGCGAGUUUCGUCUGUUCAUUAAUUCUGCCUUCCUGUAGGUUUGAUCCAUAAGAUGCACUGUAGACACUGACAAAUCACCUUGUAUGCCACAAAUGCAUUAAUAUAUGGAAGGUUAAUGGAUGCCUUUGCCACUGUUUAUCUUCUCAACUAAUAACGCCUCUUUAUCAUCAGGCAAGUCCAAGAGCAGAGGCGAUUCCUCGGAUGAUAGCUGCGAAAUGAGCAGUGAGGGAGAAGAAGGAGACUUUGAGGUGGAGGAUGAAGACGGCAGCGACUUCGAGGGUAAGCCAUGGUUUGUGGGUAGUGCCCAUUUACGCAAGUGUUCGCACUGUAACAGCAGUAUUAGUUUGGCACGAACAUCACCCGGCCAGGAAGGUGGCGAUCAGCGGCAUUUAACAGCCUGGUUUUCUUUCAGUAAAUGGAAAGUUUCUGUGUACAGCUCAACUCUGUAGCUUUGUCACCAAACUGUCAAAACAGAUUUUUUUUUUUGCUUUAAUUUUGCAUCUAAACCCACUGGAGAUCAGGGACUGUGUAGGAAACAUUAAGGGGUUAAUCUAGUACAGCUGGCCGGUAAUGAGCUGUGGAGGCAGUGUGGGACAGAAUGCUUUAUCGCAGGCCCUAUGUCAUUAAUCACCAGAUACAGGGGGCGCAAGAUCUGGCAGGCAUAACGCACUACUGCUUCCCCCAUGUGCACAUGUACAUAGGGCCUGCUUCCAUCCAUUCACUCUGACAUUUUCAGUCAGAGAACCCCCUCCCAUCAACAUCUGAAAUCAUGGGGCAGAUAGAAUACAGCCAUUUAGAAUGAAGAGUAUCUGAUACAGUGUAUUCUAUCCAUUUGAACCUUCUAUCCACACAUUCCAUUGGAAGACAUAGCUCUUAUCAUAUAUAAUGCAUUCUGUCAGUGGGCAGCAGAGCCCAUAUUUUACAUGAGACUGACAGAGGGCACGCUAUUUUUGUCUACUGUGAACUUAUACAUUACCUUUCCUUAAAGGGACACUAUAGUCACCAGAACAACUACAGUUUGGUGUAGUUGUUAUGGUGUGUAUAGUCAGUCCCUGUAGACUUUUCAGAGCAAAGGCAGUGUUUACAUUACUUCCUAGUAACACCUCCAGUGGCAGUCACUCAGACAGCCAGUAGAGGUGCUUCCUGGGACAGUGAUGUGCACAGUGUGCAGCACUGACGUUCAGCACUCUGCAUGACCCAUCCACUUCAUUAAAUAUAUAAUAAGGAAAAUAAAAUGACAUAGAUAAAGGCUGAUUCAUCAGUUCACGCCGUCCCUUAAAAAGUAGGGUGUAGUAAGUAAAAAAUACUCAUUUUCUUAUCUGUUUUUUAACCCCCAUGUUCCUGGUAUUAUUGCUAUCCAAAUAUUUUUAAUCUGAGCCUGCAUGCUGAUUCCCCCAUUAUUUAGGGGAAUUGAUAAAACCAUAAAAUGGACAGCUCCUCUGUAUAGCGCAUCUGGCUGCACCGAGUGGCUUGGGCAAGUGCCCUCUCUAUCUGGAUGCUGCAGCAAGCAGCGAUAAAUUAAUGAACGCAGAGAUUAAUUAGUGAUGAGCCACCCUCGGCCGGCUUGUUCCUUCCUGAUAAAGCAGAAUUUAUAUUUGCUCUUCCGCCCACAGGGGAUUCGCAGGAUGAAGAGGAGGAGGAGGAGGGAGGGAAAGCUGGAAUCCACAAGAAGCAGAAGGGGAUUCAGCACCUCUCGCAGGCCGACCUAAAGGAUCUGGCCAAAGGGGAUGAAGAUAUUGUGCAGGAUCUUGAAUUCUCAGACGAUGAGUAAACCUGUAGAGAUUGCAAGAAACAACCCUUUAUCUGCUGGAUGCCGCUAGCUCCUGUUACGGUACAGCUGUGUCAAUAACACCUGCUUUGCGUGGCCCCCAACAAUAGGACGUUCAAGAACUGAUGGAUAUGAUCCAAAUUGUUUCACAAAAUUCUUUUUCAUAAGUGAAAAGCAAACCAACCACAUGGACAAAUAAACGUUUUUAUUUAAGUGCUGUUUGCCUGUGAACGGGUUAAUCCUAUGUGCAACUAGAGUCAGGCUUCAAGUGAAUUUAGACCAUUUAAAUGCUGGGGGUUAAGGGUUACUAUAAAGUAAACUAAACAAGAUCCGUGUUUGGAAUGUUUAAAUCAAUAAUAAUUGUACCCGUGGGUAUGUUCUUUUUUUUUUAAAGUAAUGUUUAAGUUUGCCUUUAAUUUUUUUUUUCUUUUUAUAGAUCAGUACUUUGGUCUGUGAGAUAAAACAUACUGUUAAAAUUGUGCACAGAAUAUUCUGCUUACGUGUAUUCUAUUUUUAAAAAUACAUAGAUCUAUAUAAACGACUGGUCUGUAUCCUUGUUAUGGAGUGUCCCAAACUUGCUGACUCUAUCUAAUCUCUGAAUUUUAAAAAUUAGAGGGCACGGUUCAGGGUCUGUGUGUUGCGCUUAAGUGUGUGUGACUAAUAGCGGUUAUGGGGAGCUGUCCUCCUCCUCCAGCUGUAUGUGCGGCAAUGUGAGAUUGUCUCUAAAUUGCAUUGGAAGGAAAUGGUCUUGCCUUUUUAUUUUCUGUGUUAUAAACGUUGCACGGUUGGAUCAAGUGAUUUACUCACAAGUAAUCCAGAUAUCCCAAGCCCUGGUAGGAAGGGUCUUUGUCUUACGUUGGUUAGUAAAAGAAAUAAAAAAAAAAUACAAAUGUAAGGCUUCUUUUUAUCAGCGUCUUAAUAGAUCACAUGGUGGAGUUUUGUAAUCCUAGCCUUAUUUUUCAUUGCUAAUGCUGCUAAAUUGAAGCCCAGGGAGAUGCACUAUUGCUUUACCAUGAUUUUUAUCUGACCAAUCAAAUUCUUUCACUAAUGUGCUUUUUCCUAUUAUCCUCUAGCGGUGGAAUUACAAGUUUUCUUAUUCACCGGAACCCUCUAGAUGUGAUCAGUAUAAUCAUAAAGAUGAACUUCCUGUUAAAAUUACCUUGAGCCCAACUUGGCAGCUAAAUUCUGUGAGUUUCCUUUGCAGGUGAAACUAGGUUAAAACAUUUCUCCUAAAUAAUGCUCUCAUGCCAAGUUAUUGUUGGAAUUGUAUGGGGAACAUCCAGUGCUGCUUGGCGAAUAUUGAAUUAUCUGAAAAUUCUGACAGACGCUAGAGCAGAGGUAGCACUGAAAUGAUUAUUCUCUAUUUCAAUAAUUGAUUAGUAACAGGUUGAUUACCUGUCCAUUAGAUUCGAAGCCCAUCACAAUGUGCUCUUAUACACCAGAGUGAGUCUCUUCUGUAGGAGUGCUCACCAGUGUUAAUUUUAUUUAAUAAUGAUUUUAGUCAGCUAAAACUAAAACAAUUCAGAUGUCUAAAACUACAAUGUUUUUUAGUCAAAAGACUAUGACUACAACUAAACUGAAAUUUGCUGCCAAAAUUAACACUGAACAGGGGUUGGGGAAGGGGCAAAAGAGACAGACCAGGGCUUGGGAGAGAGACAUCUAGACCAGGGCUAGGGGGACACAAACAGACACAGAGGGACUGGGGAAGGGGCAAAAGAGACAGACCAGAGAGACAGAGAGAGGCUUGAACCAAACCCGUUAGUUUUUAGUUGUGCUGACUAAAAUCUUCAGUAUAUUUAGUCGACUAAAACUAAAACAAUUCAGAUGACUAAAAUACGACUAAAAUUAAAAUAGCUUUUUAGUCAAAAGACUAUGACUAAAGCUAAAAUGAAAUAUGCCACCAAAAUGAACACUGGUGCUCACAUGGCAUUGGUGUAAUGCACAAACAGUAUACAGCUUGUGUGAAGCAGAAUGAACUCUGUCAAAGAGUCCGUACAGCAAUUUGUGGAGUAACUGAAUGUUCCCUGCUUUAGGGUGUGGAAUUAAUAGUAUUGGCUUUGUGAAUAACAUCAUCCACAUUCACUUUACACUGUACCAGGUGCAAACUAGCAGGCCCAUUGCCAAGCACCUUUUACCCUCUCGACUACUUAAAGGGAAACUAUAGGCACUAGAACCACUACAGAUUAAUGCAGUGGUUCUGGUCUUAGUGUUUACAUUGGUGCCUAGUAACACAUCUAGAGGCAGUCACUCAGACAGCCACUAGAGGUGCUUCCUAGUCAAGUGCUGCGCAGGGUCUCCACUCUGAACGUUCCCCAUAGAGAUGCAUUGAUUUAAUGCAUCUGUGUGAGGUGAUGCUAAUAAGAGCACGUGUGCAAUAGCUUUACUAUGGGAAAACUUUGGAUUGGCUGAGAUCAUCAAGAUUGAUGAUCUCAGCCAAGGACGCGGGGCCAGCCAUGGCGAGACCGUCAGAGUGGGGGGGCGGUGUCAGACACCUAAACAGACACAUCAGGACUGUAGUGUUAGGGAUGCAUGUUUGUAUUCCUGGCAUAGUAUUGUUUCUAAAACUGGAGUCCCAAUUCAAAGACUAAUGUAAUUUUCUUAUAUAUAUUGACAUACAGUUCCUUUUUUGUUUUUUAUUGGUUUCAGAUGAAUUGGCAAUCCGUUGUCUAGCC